AUGUCUGGAUCGGUCCAUGUGAAACACCACCACCACAGUGACAAGAAACAGCAGCAUGAGAGCAUCAGCCAUCACAGUUCUCGCUCCUCUUUUAGUCAGCUGUCAUACGCUGCUCACAAGAGGAGCCAGCACAGCACCACAGGGUAAGAAAAGGAGGAGGAGAGGAGAGGAGGAGAGGAAGAGAGGAAGAGAGGAGGACUGUAUCACAGCACGAGCAUGGAUCCCAUAAUAUGUCCUCUACCGUAGAAGGCACCAUGGUAACCAUCUCUCUACUGUAGAAGGCACCAUGGUAACCAUCUCUCUACUGUAGAAGGCACCAUGGUAACCAUCUCUCUACUGUAGAAGGCACCAUGGUAACCAUCUCUACUGUAGAAGGCACCAUGGUAACCAUCUCUCUACUGUAGAAGGCACCAUGGUAACCAUCUCUCUACUGUAGAAGGCACCAUGGUAACCAUCUCUACUGUAGAAGGCACCAUGGUAACCAUCUCUCUACUGUAGAAGGCACCAUGGUAACCAUCUCUCUACUGUAGAAGGCACCAUGGUAACCAUCUCUCUACUGUAGAAGGCACCAUGGUAACCAUCUCUCUACUGUAGAAGGCACCAUGGUAACCAUCUCUCUACUGUAGAAGGCACCAUGGUAACCAUCUCUCUACUGUAGAAGGCACCAUGGUAACCAUCUCUCUACUGUAGAAGGCACCAUGGUAACCAUCUCUACUGUAGAAGGCACCAUGGUAACCAUCUCUACUGUAGAAGGCACCAUGGAAACCAUCUCUACUGCUCCUCUCCUCUGCUGUUUGAUCAUUUAUAAUCUAUCUGCGUGAUUAACUCAUAUCCUGGCUGUAACAGUCUUGGUGUGGUGAAGUGAUGUGAAUAUAGUCUUUCCGUGUGAUUAACUCAUAUCUCAGCUGUAACAGCCUUCAUGUGGUGAAGUGAAAUUAAGUGAGGUUACUGUUGGUCUAAUACUACUAAAGAUAACUGUAGUAGUAGUUUAUGUGUUAAGGGUUUUCUUUACUACGUUGUGUUGACAUAGAUAUGUGACUGACUGGUGACUUGUAUGUCUGGAGUAACUGUGUGACUCGUUUCAGUGUGUCGGACGUCACUACUUCACAGGAGAGCCAUUUGAACAUAAACUGUUUUUAAAAAAUCUAAACGUGUUUUUUGGCAGAAAUGCCAUCUGGAACAUGUGAACUUUCAUGUGCCUUAAUAACAAACUUGUAUGCCAUCUGUAAAUACGAAUAAAAUUGUUAAAUUACGAGCCUAGUUGGUUUAGCCACAGAAAAAGACAGCAACCUUCUCGCUAGCCAUGAUUGGCUGAGAUAAUGAAUGGGCUGGACAUGCAGAGAGAUGAGUUCGGAUUGGUCUGCCAUAUAGCACGCUUCUGUCUAUUUGAGCUGGUCAGUAUGUGUAGGUAAUCCUGUCUAAUGCGGCUUUUAAAAAAUAUAUAUUGCUUAGUAGAACUGCAUAAGUGUUGCUCUCAACUUUCUGGACGACCGAGUUUUGAAAUCAGUGGAAUUAGAGUAUGAUAGCUAAGGAGAUGGAGAAAACACCUGUCUCCGGAUUACAUCUUCAAACUAAGGGCAACCAUGGCAUCCGUGACAGAGAGGGAGAAGCGUUCAUCCAUGUAAAUGGGUAAGAUUGUCUAGCUAGCUACAUUUUCAGAUAUUACACGUUUCUAAUUUUGUCAGAAAUUUGUUUUCAUUUCAAGUUAAAGUGUAGCUAGCUAAUGUUAGCUGGCUCACUAGCUAACAUUACGUGUAUGAUCUGUGUAGUAAUAUUAUUUGUAUCUCAGAGUCAUUUGCAUUCCUAGUUAUAGCCUAAUGUUAGCUAGCUAACAUUGAACCUGGUUGGUUAGCUACCUACAGAUUCAUGCAGGGGAGUAAUGUCAUGAGUUGGGAUUAUGGUUCAUUGUUUAGCUAGCUAGCUACAUGUCUUAACAAAAGACUUCACUAUGCAAGUAUCCAUUUCAACAGGGCGUGUAAAAUGGUCACAGUGAGCUGUUCUCUCAUUUGUGUCUGGAAGUAGCUAGCAAGCUAGCCAACGUUAGCCAAUUAGCUUGGGUGCUUGACUGCUGUUGUUAGGUCAGCUAGCUAAUGUUACGUGUAUGAUCUGUGUAGUAAUAUUAUUCGUAUCUCAGAGCCAUUUGUAUUCCUAGUUAUAGCCUAAUGUUAGCUAGCUAACAUUGAACCUGAUUGGUUAGCUACCUGCAGAUUCAUGCAGGGUAGUAACGUCAUGAGUUAGGAUUAUGGUUCAUUGUUUAGCUAGCUAGCUACAUGUCUUAACAAAAGACUCCACUAUGCAAGUAAGCAUUUCAAUAGAAUGUUAAUGAUGUCACAGCGACAACUGUUGAUAGACGUAGCUGGUAAAUUCCCUUUGGCUAUCUACUCCGAUUUCAGAGCAUUCUCGUUUGAGUGUGCCAGAGCACAGAAUAACUGACUAAUUUACGAAUGCUCAACACCUUUUGAAUUUGUCCGGUGUCAGUAAACGUUGGCAAAAAAGUGUGAAUUGUUGCCAGCAGCACAGUUGCAGUCACCAACGCUUUGGAUAACAUAGAAACAGCCUAACCAGCUCUGCUAGGGCGAGUAAAAUGGUCAGAGUGAGCUGUACUCAUUUGUGUCUGGAAGUAGCUAGCAAGCUUUCCAACGUUAGCCAGAUAGCUUGGGUGCUUGACUGCUCUUGUUAGGACAGAACGCUCGGAACAACCCUUAAAGAGAUGGGUGGGGCUAAGCUAAGCUUAAGAGGGUGUGAACGAUGCUGAAUGGGUGUAGACAAAGAAGAGGUCUCCAGUUGGUGUACCAAAACAUUCAAAGGCCAUUUUCUCAAAAGUGAGGUUACAAGUUUAUCAACUUUCAAAGCAGAAUUACUUUCCCAUUGUUCCUCAAUUGUAGUGUAUGAUAUACCAUUUUCUAGCUCUGAGUCUCUACUUUUAUCCAAUGUAAAAAACACAAUUUCAAAUGUUGCUACAUAAGACCGAAUCGAGCCGGCCGGUCACAUAUGCUCAUAAUCCUUAUGUCUAUUGAUGCACCUGUGUCUCAAUCUAAGUAGUAUAAUAAAAAUCUGUCAGUUUAAGCUAGAGAUAUCUGUGUAUGUCGGCCAUCUGCGGUGGAAGGUGGCCGAGCUACAGCGGUGUUUGUCAGACCAUGAGACAUCCCGGAAAUUGGUUUUCUCAUGAAAACGUCUAUAGCGUCCGCUCGGUUUGGCCUAUGGAUUGACCACUCUAUGGAAAGGGGAGAGUCUCAUGAACACGAUGGUGUUCUGUUUUGCUCUAUGACCACCACAAGUUUCACAGGACUCAUCUGAAAGUAACCCAUGGAAACAAAUGGAAGUAUGGAGGUAGUUAUGUGGCAACAAAAAUAAGGGUUUAAAUAUGUGUAAAAAAUAUAUAUACAGUACCAGUCAAAAGUUUGGACACACCUAUUCAUUCCAGGGUUUUUCUUUAUUUUUACUAUUUUCUACAUUGUAGAAUAAUAGUGAAGACAUCAAAACUAUGAAAUAACACAUAUGGAAUCAUGUAGUAACCAAAAAAGUGUUAAACAAAUCCAAAUAUAUAUUUUAGAUUUUAGAUUCUUCAAAGUAGCCACCCUUUGCCUUGACAGCUUUGUACACUCUUGGCAUUCUCUCAACCAGCUUCACCUGGAAUUCUUUUCCAACAGUCUUGAAGGAGUUCCCACAUAUGCUGAGCACUUGUUGGCUGCUUUUCCUUCACUCUGCAGUCCAACUCAUUCCAAACCAUCUCAAUUGGGUUGAGGUCAGGGGAUUGUGGAGGCCAGGUCAUCUGAUGCAGCACUCCAUCACUCCUUGGUCAAAUAGCCCUUACAAAGCCUGGAGGUGUGUUGGGUCAUUGUCCUGUUGAAAAACAAAUGAUAGUCCCACUAAGCGCAAACCAGAUGGGAUGGCGUGUCGCUGCGAAUGCUGGGGUAGCCAUGCUGGUUAAGUGUGCAUUGAAUUCUAAAUAAAUCACUGACAGUGUCACCAGCAAAGCACCAUCACACCUCCUCCUCCAUGCUUCACGGUGGGAACCACACAUGCGGAGAUCAUCCGUUCACCUACUCUGCGUCUCACAAAGACAUGGCGGUUGGAACCAAAAAUCUCCAAUUUGGACUCAUCAGACCAAAGGACAGAUUUCCACCAGUCUAAUGCCCAUUGCUCGUGUUUCUUAUCCCAAGCAAGUCUCUUCUUCUUAUUGGUGUCCUUUAGUAGUGGUUUCUUUGCAGCAAUUCGACCAUGAAGGCCUGAUUCACGCAGUCUCCUCUGAACAGUUUGAUGUUGAGAUGUGUCUGUUACUUGAACUCUGUGAAGCAUUUAUUUGGGCUGCAUUCUGAGGUGCAGUUAACUCUAAUGAACUUAUCCUCUGCAGCUGAGGUAACUCUGGCUCUUCCUUUCCUGUGGCAGUCUUCAGGAGAGCCAGUUUCAUCAUAGCGUUUGAUUGUUUUUGCGACUGCACUUGAAAAAUCUUUCAAAGUUCUUGACAUUUUCCGGAUUGACUGACCUUCAUGUCUUAAAGUAUAGACAGAAAUAGACACUCUGGCUUUACUCAAAGCCAGUAUCAUGUCAUUAAUAAAGAUUUAAAAAAGUAAGGGGCCUAGACAGCUGCCCUGGGGAAUUCCUGACUCUACCUGGAGUAUGUUGGAGAGGCUUCCAUUAAAUAACACCCUCUGUGUUCUGUUAGACAGGUAACUCUUUAUACACAAUAUAGCAGGGGGUGUAAAGCCAUAACACUUACGUUUUUACAGCAGCAGACUAUGAUUGAUAAUGUCAAAAGCCGCAAGGAAGUCUAACAAAACAGCCCCCACAGUCUUUUCAUCAUCAAUGUCUCUCAGCCAAUCAUCAUUCAGUUGUGUAAGUGCCGAACGUCCUUCUCUAUAAGCAUGCUGAAAGUUUGUAGUCAAUUUGUUUACUGUAAAAUAGCAUUGUAUCUGGUCAAACACAAUUUUUUCCAAUAGUUUACUAAGGGUUGGUAACAGACUGAUUGGUCUGCUAUUUGAGCCAGUAAAGGGGGCUUUACUAUUCUUAGGUAGCGGAAUGACUUUUGCUUCCCUCCAAGCCUGGGGGCAAACACAUUCUAGUGGGCUUAUGUUGAAAAUGUGGCAAAUAGGAGUGGCAAUAUUGUCCACUAUUAUCCUCAGUAAUUUUCCAUCCAAUUUGUCAGAUCCCAGUUGGCUUGUCAUUGUUGAUAGACAACAUUAUUUUCUUCACAUCUUCCACACUCACUUUACAGAAUACAAUGCUUAGUGCUAACAGUAUUAAUCUGGUUAUUAGACACAUGAUUACCUCAUCCAAUAGCUGUAGGAUCAGCAGAGGCAUUCAGGGCAGUUAGAGGGACAUACAUUAGGUUACUUAUAUUGUGUCUACCGACGCCCCUGUUGUAAUGUACAUUUGCUGAAGCAUUUUGACAACUCUGUGUCACAAUGGUAGGGAUUAGCUAAACUGGGCUUGGGUCAUUCAUAAGUCAUUGUCUCAAUGCAGCCUUAUAAUGCUGUGAAAGGAUCCAGGAACCCAAAUGAUUGGGGUGGAUCCCAUCCUCCUUAUAAAAUGUGUUUUGUUUCCAAAAGGUAUCGAAAUGAUCAACAAAAGUUACACCCAUUAAGCUGCAAUAAUCACGUAGCCAGUUGUGAAGAGAAAGAAUCCUGCUAAAGCGUUCAAUGCCACGAUUCAGAGAGGACACAGGGCCAGAUAUGUUUAUUUUUUGUUAGUGUCUAGCAGAGAGUCAAUCAGCUCUUUAAAAUCAAAUUUCAACUGUUCAGAGCUGUUCUUCAUAAUGUCAUUAAAACCCACAUGGACUACCAACAGAACCGUUUUCCCUUUUCCCUAAACGUAGACAUUGGGGAAACCCGCUUGAAAGUCUUUUACCCCGGCCCCGGGGAUGGAAUUGGGUUUUGGGCACCGGGGAACGCUCACAUGUCUUAUAAAAUAAUUGUGAUUUUUUUAAAAAAAUUUUUUGGUUCCCUACAUGAUUCCAUAUGUUUUUUCAUAGUUUUGAUGUUUUCAUUUCCUUUUUUCAAACAAUGUAGGGUUUCCCUUUGGAGACAUUUUUGGGGGGGAAAAAAUUGGGGGUUUUGGGGGAAAAAUUUAAAAAACCGGGGCCCUUUUUUGGGGGGUUUUGGCCCCCUUUUUUGGGGGCCCAAAAAACCCCCCCCGGGGAACCCUUUUAAACCCCCCGAAGGCCCUUUAAAACCCGGGGGGGAAAAAAAUUUUUUCCCCAAUUUCCCAAAAAAGGGUUUGAAGGGAAAUUUCCCGGGGGGGGAAGGGGGAAAUCCGGGGAAAAGGGGGUUUUGGGGGGGCCCCCGGAAAAUUUUUUUUUUUCCCCCUUUUUUUUUCCCCCCUUUUAAAAAACCCCCAAAAAAAAAAACCUUUUUUCCCGGUUUUAAAAAAACCCAAUUUUUUUUGGGAAUUUUUUAAUUUGGGGGGGAAUUUUGGGGGGGGGGGGCUGGUUUUUUUUGGGGUUUUUUUCCCUUUGGGGGGUUUUUUUUUGGGGGGGGCUGGGGCCGGGAAAUUUUUUUGGGUUUUUUUGGGGGGGGGGGUUAAAUUUUCGGGGAAAGGGUUUUUUUUUUGGGGUUUGGGGGUGGGGGUUUGGGGGCCCGGGGGGGGUUUUUUGGGGUUUUUUUUUUCCCCCCUUUUUUUUUUGGGGGGUUUGGGGUUUUUUGGGGGGGUUUUGGGGGGGCCCCCCUUUUUUUUUUUGGGGGGGAAAUUUUUUUUUUGGGGGGGGGGGGAAAAAAAAUUUUUAAAAAAAUUUUUAAAGGGGGGGAAAAAAAACCCCCCCGGGGUUUUUUUUGGGGGGGGGGAAACCCCAAAACCCCCCCCAAAAAAAAUUUUUCCCCGGGGGGCCCCCCCCCCUUUGGGGGUUUUUUUUUUUUUCCCUUUUUAAUUUUUUUUGUAGGCUCCAUUGGAGACAUCUUUGGCCAAGGACAACUGUAGGCCCAUGUUGAAAGAUGUAGCUGAAGGACCAGACUGAGGCUCCAUGUUGGAGACAUGCUGUAGACUGAAGGCUCCAUGUUGGAGACAUGCUGUAGACUGAAGGCUCCAUGUUGGAGACAUGCUGUAGGCUGAAGGCUCCAUGUUGGAGACAUGCUGUAGGCCGAAGGACCAGACUGAAGGCUCCAUGUUGGAGACAUGCUGUAGGCUGAAGGACCAGACUGUAGGCUCCAUGUUGGAGACAUGCUGUAGGCUGAAGGACCAGACUGUAGGCUCCAUGUUGGAGACAUGCCAUAGGCUGAAGGUCCAUGUUGGAGACAUGCUGUAGGCUGAAGGACCAGACGGAAGGCUUGGAAGUGUGGUGUUCCUCCAGCUGAAAGAUCAUUGUCAAUCUGUAGUUCCUCCAGUUGUUAGUGUUUAAUACAGCAACUCUUCUAAUUAUGUGAACUCUCCUACAGCUGAACUCUACUCCAGCUAUCCAACAGUUCCUUUCCUUUCUUGGUCUUAUUCAAAAACCAAACAGACAAAUGGAGGUGUGAGAGGCUAGUGUAUCUGUGGCGUAUGGAGUAUCUGUGGUGUAUCUGUGGUGUCUGGUAUAUCUGUGGUGUCUGGUAUAUCUGUGGUGUCUGGUGUAUCUGUGGUGUCAGGUGUAUCUGUGGUGUCUGGUGUAUCGGUGGUGUCUGGUGUAUCGGUGGUGUAUCUGUGGUGUCUGGUGUAUCUGUGGUGUCUGGUGUAUCUGUGGUGUCUGGUGUAUCUGUGGUGUCUGGUGUAUCUGUGGUGUCUGGUGUGUCUGCGGUAUCUGUGGUGUCUGGUGUAUCUGUGGUGUCUGGUGUGUCUGGUGUGUCUAUGGUGUAUCUGUGGUGUCUGCUAUUUAUGUGGUGUAUCUGUGGUGCCUAGUGUAUCUGUGGUGUGUCUGGUGUAUCUAUGGUUUCUGGUGUAUCUGUGGUGUCUGGUGAAUCUGUGGUUUAUCUGUGUUGUCUGGUGUAUCUGUGGUGUGUCUGGUGUAUCUAAUAAUAAUAAUAUUAAUAAUAAUAAUAUGCCAUUUAGCAGACGCUUUUAUCCAAAGCGUCUUACAGUCAUGUGCGCAUACAUUUUUACGUAUGGGUGGUCCCGGGGAUCGAACCCACUACCCUGGCGUUACAAGCGCCAUGCUCUACCAAUUGAGCUACAGAGGACCACAUCUGUGGUGUAUAUAUUGUGUCUGCUGUAUCUGUGGUGUAUCUGUGUUGUAUCUGUGGUGUCUGGUGUACAGUGGGGAAAAAAAGUAUUUAGUCAGCCACCAAUUGUGCAAGUUCUCCCACUUAAAAAGAUGAGAGAGGCCUGUAAUUUUCAUCAUAGGUACACGUCAACUAUGACAGACAAAAUGAGAGAAAAAAAUCCAGAAAAUCACAUUGUAGGAUUUGUAAUGAAUUUAUUUGCAAAUUAUGGUGGAAAAUAAGUAUUUGGUCAAUAACAAAAGUUUCUCAAUACUUUGUUAUAUACCCUUUGUUGGCAAUGACACAGGUCAAACGUUUUCUGUAAGUCUUCACAAGGUUUUCACACACUGUUGCUGGUAUUUUGGCCCAUUCCUCCAUGCAGAUCUCCUCUAGAGCAGUGAUGUUUUGGGGCUGUCGCUGGGCAACACAGACUUUCAACUCCCUCCAAAGAUUUUCUAUGGGGUUGAGAUCUGGAGACUGGCUAGGCCACUCCAGGACCUUGAAAUGCUUCUUACGAAGCCACUCCUUCGUUGCCCCGGCGGUGUGUUUGGGAUCAUUGUCAUGCUGAAAGACCCAGCCACGUUUCAUCUUCAAUGCCCUUGCUGAUGGAAGGAGGUUUUCACUCAAAAUCUCACGAUACAUGGCCCCAUUCAUUCUUUCCUUUACACGGAUCAGUCGUCCUGGUCCCUUUGCAGACAAACAGCCCCAAAGCAUGAUGUUUCCACCCCCAUACUUCACAGUAGGUAUGGUGUUCUUUGGAUGCAACUCAGCAUUCUUUGUCCUCCAAACACGACGAGUUGAGUUUUUACCAAAAAGUUCUAUUUUGGUUUCAUCUGACCAUAUGACAUUCUCCCAAUCCUCUUCUGGAUCAUCCAAAUGCACUCUAGCAAACUUCAGACGGGCCUGGACAUGUACUGGCUUAAGCAGGGGGACACGUCUGGCACUGCAGGAUUUGAGUCCCUGGCGGCGUAGUGUGUUACUGAUGGUAGGCUUUGUUACUUUGGUCCCAGCUCUCUGCAGGUCAUUCACUAGGUCCCCUCGUGUGGUUCUGGGAUUUUUGCUCACCGUUCUUGUGAUCAUUUUGACCCCACGGGGUGAGAUCUUGCGUGGAGCCCCAGAUCGAGGGAGAUUAUCAGUGGUCUUGUAUGUCUUCCAUUUCCUAAUAAUUGCUCCCACAGUUGAUUUCUUCAAACCAAGCUGCUUACCUAUUGCAGAUUCAGUCUUCCCAGCCUGGUGCAGGUCUACAAUUUUGUUUCUGGUGUCCUUUGACAGCUCUUUGGUCUUGGCCAUAGUGGAGUUUGGAGUGUGACUGUUUGAGGUUGUGGACAGGUGUCUUUUAUACUGAUAACAAGUUCAAACAGGUGCCAUUAAUACAGGUAACGAGUGGAGGACAGAGGAGCCUCUUAAAGAAGAAGUUACAGGUCUGUGAGAGCCAGAAAUCUUGCUUGUUUGUAGGUGACCAAAUACUUAUUUUCCACCAUAAUUUGCAAAAAAUGCAUUAAAAAUCCUACAAUGUGAUUUUCUGGAUUUUUUUCUUCUCAAUUUGUCUGUCAUAGUUGACGUGUACCUAUGAUGAAAAUUACAGGCCUCUCUCAUCUUUUUAAGUGGGAGAACAUGCACAAUUGGUGGCUGACUAAAUACUUUUUCCCCCCACUGUAUCUGUGGUGUCUGGUGUAUCUGUGGUGUCUUGUGUAUCUGUGGUGUAUCUGUGGUGUAUCUGGUGUAUCUGUGGUGUUCUUGGUGUCUGGUUUGUCUGUGGUGUUUGGUGUAUCUGUGGUGUAUCUGUGGUGUCUGGUGUAUCUGUGGUGUCUGGUGUAUCUGUGGUGUAUGUGUGGUAUCUGGUGUAUGUGUGGUGUAUCUGUGGUGUAUCAGUUGUGUCUGGUGUAUCUGUGGUGUAUCAGUUGUGUCUGGUGUAUCUGUGGUGUCUGGUUGUAUCUGUGGUGUCUGUGUGUGUAUGUUGUGUCUGGUGGUGUAUCUGUGGUGUAUCUGUGGUGUCUGGUGUAUCUCUGGUGUCUGCUGUAUCUGUGGUUUAUCUGUGGUGUCUGGUGUAUAUGUGGUGUCUGCUGUAUCUGUGGUGUAUCAGUUGUGUCUGGUGUAUCUGUGGUGUAUCAGUUGUGUCUGGUGUAUCUGUGUUGUAUCUGUGGUGUAUCUGUGGUGUAUGGUGUAUCUGUGUUGUAUCUGUGGUGUAUCUGUGGUGUCUGGUGUAUCUGUGGUGUAUCUGUGGUGUCUGGUGUAUCUGUGGUGUACCAGUUGUGUCUGGUGUAUCUGUGGUGUUCUUGUGGUGUAUCUGUGGUGUCUGGUGUAUCUGUGGUGUCUGGUGUAUCUGUGGUGUAUCAGUUGUGUCUGGUGUAUCUGUGUUGUAUCUAUGGUGUAUCUGUGGUGUCUGGUGUAUCUGGGGUGUAUCUGUGGUGUCUGGUGUAUCUGUGGUGUAUCUGUGGUGUAUAUGUGGUGUAUGGUGUAUCUGUGGUGUAUCUCUGGUGUAUCUGUGGUGUAUCAGUUGUGUCUGGUGUAUCUGUUGUGUUCUUGUGGUGUAUCUGUGGUGUCUGGUGUAUCUUUGUUGUAUCUGUAGUGUAUCUGUGGUGUCUGGUGUAUAUGUGGUGUAUCUGUGGUGUCUGGUGUAUCUGUGGUGUAUAUGUGGUGUAUCUGUGGUGUCUGGUGUAUCUGUGUUGUAUCUGUGGUGUUUUCUGGUGUAUCUGUGGUGUAUCUGGUUGGUGUAUCUGUGGUGUCUGGUGUAUCUGUGGUUUCUGGUGUAUCUGUGGUGUAUCAGUUGUGUCUGGUGUAUCUGUGGUGUAUCUGUGGUUUAUCUGUGGUGUCUGGUGUAUCUGUGGUGUAUCAGUUGUGUCUGGUGUAUCUGUGUUGUAUCUGUGGUGUCUGGUGUAUCUGUGGUGUAUAUGUGGAGUCUGGUGUAUCUGUGGUGUAUCAGUUGUGUCUGGUGUAUCUGUGGUGUAUCUGUGGUGUCUGGUGUAUCUGUGGUGUUUGGUGUAUCUGUGGUGUCUAGUUGGCCUGUUGUUUGUCUGGUGUAUCUGUGGUGUAUCUCUGGUGUUCUGGUGUAUCUGUGGUGUCGGGUGGUGUUUUGUGGUUGUAUUUUGUGGGGUCUGUGGUGUAUUUGUGGUGUCUGGUGUAUCUGUGGUGUCUGGUGUAUCUGUGGUGUCUGGUGUAUCUGUGGUGUCUGGUAAAUCUGUGGUGUAUCUGUGGGGUCUGUUGUAUCUGUGGUGUCUGGUGUAUCUGUGGUGUAUCUGUGGUGUAUCUGUGGUGUCUGGUUUGUUUGUGGUGUAUCUGUGGUGUAUCAGUUGUGUCUGGUGUAUCUGUGUAUCUGUGGUGUCUGGUGCAUCUGUGGUGUAUCAGUUGUGUCUGGUGUAUCUGUGGUGUAUCAGUUGUGUCUGGUGUAUCUGUGGGGUUUGGUGUAUCUGUGGUGUCUAGUUAGCCUGUGGUUUGUCUGGUGUAUCUGUGGUGGUAUAUAUGGUGUCUUUUGUAUCUGUGGUUUAUCUAUGGUUUAUCGUUGGUGUCUGGUGUAUCUGUCGUGUCUUGUGUAUCUGUGGUGUCUGUUGUAUCUGUGUUGUCUGGUGUAUCUGUGGUAUAUCUGUGGUGUCUGGUGUAUCUAUGGUGUAUGGUGUAUCUGUGGUGUCUGGUGUGUCUGUGGUGUAUCUGUGGUGUCUGUAUCUGUGGUGUAUCUGUGGUGUAUCUGUGGUGUCUGGUGUAUCUGUGGUGUAUCUGUGGUGUCUGGUGUAUUUGUGGUGUAUCUGUGGUGUAUAUGUGUUGUAUCUGUGGUGUAUAUAUGGUGUAUCUGUGGUGUAUCUAUGUUGUAUCUGUGGUGUAUCUGUGUUGUAUCUGUGGUGUCUGGUGUAUCUGUGGUGUAUCUGUGGUGUAUCUGUGGUGUCUGGUGUAUCUGUGGUGUAUCUCUGGUAUAUCUCUGGUAUAUCUGUGGUGUAUCUGUGGUGUCUGGUGUAUCUGUGGUGUAUAUGUGGUGUAUCAGUUGUGUCUGGUGUAUCUGUGGUGUCUGGUGUAUUUGUGGUGUAUCUGUGGUGUAUAUAUGGUGUCUGGUGUAUCUGUGGGGUUUGGUGUAUCUGUGGUGUCUGGUGUAUCUGUGAUGUCUGGUCGAUAAUCGUUCUGUAUCUGUGGUGUCUGGUGUGUCUGUGGUGUAUCUGUGGUGUUUGGUGUAUCUGUGGUGUCUGGUGUAUCUGUGGUGUCUGGUGUAUCUGUGGUGUCUGGUAUAUCUGUGGUGUCUGCUGUAUCUGUGGUGUCUGCUGUAUCUGUGGUGUCUUGUGUAUAUGGGUCUGUAAUGUGUGUCAGGAUCAUGUCAGUUAUUUCUGCUGUUCACUGGACUAGGAUCCAGUCUCAGUUUAUCUUUAUAUGUUUCUUUGUUUAGUGACUCUUUCCAUUCUUCCAUCUAUCACAGUAACUGUAAAGGCACAUCCAGGUAGAACACAUGUUGCUGUUACACAACUACUCAGUGUUAAAGAGUUGUACAGCUCUGCCUCUCUCUAACUGUCUCUCCCCCUGGCAGAGUGCAGCAGAGUUCUGUCCAGUCAGUGAAGGGGUCGGAGUUCAUACCUAGCCAGCUGCUGCCGCCGAGAGUCAAGAAGUACCUGGCCAUGGACCCUGACACCAACGAGGUCAUUGGAUACAUAGUUCCUGUCUUCAGGACCAGGUGGAGUACUGACAUUAUGUCUGUUGUCCUGUCUGUAGUCAUAGGAUAUGUCAUCCCUGUCUUCAGGACCAGGUGGAGUACUGACAUUAUGUCUGUUGUCCUGUCUGUAGUCAUAGGAUAUGUCCUCCCUGUCUUUAGCACCAGGUGGGAGACUGUUGUCAGGGUUACUAUAGCUGGGAUAUAACAUAGUACCAUUGACAUGUUUCAGAUAGACUUUACUCUGAAUGUAGUGUUGCCAGUAUUGUCUGUUUUCAUACAGCAUGCGCCUGUUGUCUGUAGCCAUGAGUUUGGGGAUGUUUAGGUUUAAUUUAUUUGCACCAAAGAAAACAAUUGAUAAACAACAAUAUAGAUAAAAACUAAUAAAUAAACGGUGUGCAGGUGUAGUUGGAAGCCCAGGGGCUUGUAUAAAAACCACACCACAAAAAAACUAUAUACAAUACAUAAGUACAAAAAUAAAAAGGUUUGUUAAAACAGAUAACAAAACCUACUAAUCAUAAAUGUAUAAAUUAAUUGAUCAGUAAUCACGAAAAAAAACUAACAGUAUUUGUUUUGUUUAAAUGUGUGUGUGUGCAUGUGAGUGUGUGAGAGUUGGGCUAUAUGGAGGAGAUUACUGAGUAGUUUGGUUCAUCAGGCUGACCCCCAAUCUUACCUUUAAGUUAUUGAGGGAUGAUGAUGUUUUGGCAGUGUGAAGAUAAGAAUUCUAUAUCUGAUAGAGAAUUGACUAUGAGAGGUGGGGCAGUGGGGAGGGUGAAGGUUAUCACAGUGUCUUGUUUUAUAUAGAUGGAUUUGGAAUUAACCUGGAAGAAUCCAUUGAAUGGUUUAGAUAAAAUGUCUGGGAGAUAUGAGUAUUUGUAGAUGAAACUUUUCAUCCAUUUCAUUCCCACCAAUUGAGAUUCUGGCUCCUUUUUUACAAUCUUACUAGUGCAUACAAUAAAGUUGGAUUUUUUAACAUUUAAAGAUAACUUGUUUAUCUGGAACCAUUCAGAACAUUUGUCCAUGCCUGAGCUGGCUUCAUUAAUUACUGAAUCAAAAUGAUUGUGUGAUAAAAUCUACUUGGUAUCAUCAGCAAAGAGAAGGGGAAGUAUGGUAGGAGACACAGCAGCAAGGUCAUUGAUAUAGAUUAGGAAUGACAAAGGUUCAAGGUCAUUAAUAUAGAUUAGGAAUGACAAAGGUCCAAGGUCAUUGAUAUAGAUUAGGAAUGACAAAGGUCCAAGGUCAUUAAUAUAGAUUAGGAAUGACAAAGGUCCAAGGUCAUUGAUAUAGAUUAGGAAUAACAAAGGUCCAAGGUCAUUGAUAUAGAUUAGGAAUAACAAAGGUCCAAGGUCAUUGAUAUAGAUUAGGAAUGACAAAGGUCCAAGGUCAUUGAUAUAGAUUAGGAAUAACAAAGGUCCAAGGUCAUUAAUAUAGUUUAGGAAUAACAAAGGUUCAAUUAUCCAACCCUGUGGAACACCACAGGAUAUCGUGGCCCUGGUAGAUGCACAGCUGUUUGCAUAAACACAUUGCUCUCUAUCAUAAACAUAACUACAGUUCAUUCGGAAAGUAUUCAGACCCCUUGACUUUUUCCACAUUUUGUUACGUUACAGCCUUAUUCUAAAAUGGAUUUAAAAAAACAUGUAAUUCUCAUCAAUCUUCACAUAAUACCCCAUAAUGACAAAGCAAAAACAGGUUUUUAGAUUAUUUUUGCACAAAAUAAAAAAAUAAAACACUGAAAUAUCACAUUUACAUAAGUAUUCAGACCCUUUACUCAGUACUUUGUUGAAGCACCUUUGGCAGUGAUUACAGCCUCGAUACUUUUAAGGUAUGACGCUACAAGCUUGGCACACCUGUAUUUGGGGAGUUUCUCCCAUUCUCUCUGCCAGGAUUCCUCCAGAUGUCACGCUUGGCAUUCAGGCCAAAGAGUUCAAUCUUGGUUUCAUCAGAUCAGAGAAUCUUGUUUCUUAUGGUAUGAGAGUCCUUUAGGUGCCUUUUGGCAAACUCCAAGCGGGCUGUCAUGUGCUUUUUACUGAGGAGUGGCUUCCGUCUGGCCACUCUACCAUAAAGGCCUGAUUGGUGGAGUGCUGCACAGAUGGUUGUCUUUCUGGAAGAUUCUCCCAUCUCCACAGAGGAACUCUGGAGCUCUGUCAGUGACCAUCGGGUUUUUGGUCACCUUCCAAAUUUCUUCCAUUUAAGAAUGAUGGAGGCCACUGUGUUCUUGGGGACCUUCAAUGCUGCAGACAUUUUCCGGUACCCUUCCCCAGAUCUGUACCUCGACACAAUCCUGUCUCUGAGCUCUACGGACAAUUCCUUCUACCUCAUGGCUUGGUUUUUGCUCUGACGUGCACUGUCAACUGUGGGACCUUAUAUAGGCAUGUGUGUGUAUUUCCAAAUCAUGUCCAAUCAAUUGAAUUUACCACAGGUGGACUCCAAUCAAAUUGUAGAAACAUCUCAAGGAUGAUCAAUGGAAACAGGAUGCACCUGAGCUCAAUUUCGAUUCUCAUAGCAAAGGGUCUGAAUACUUAUGUAAACAAGGUAUUUCAGUUUUUUAUAUUUAGUACAUUUGCAAACAUUCUAAUACCUGUCAUUAUGGGGUAUUGUGCGCAGAUUGAUGAGGAAAUAAAAAAUAAAUACAAAUGUUUGAAAAGGCUGUAACAUAACAAAAAGGGAAGGGGUCUGAAUACUUUAGGAAUGCACCGUAUAUAGCCAAUUAUAUGUAUAUUCAUAAACCGUAAUAAUGUAAUAUUUCAUCAUCAACCGUGUCAAAUGCUUUGCAUACAUCUAAAAAGAUGCCAAGAGCGUAUUCAUUGUUGUUAAGGGCUGUAAAUAUUUUAUCCACAAGUUGCAAAAGAGCCAUAUCUGGGAAGUAGAUUUUACGAAAACCAUAUUGGUGCUCAUAUAGAAUACAGUGUUGAAACCAUAUUGGUGCUCAUAUAGAAUACAGUGUUGAAACCAUAUUGGUGCUCAUAUAGAAUACAGUGUUGAAACCAUAUUGGUGCUCAUAUAGAAUACAGUGUUGGAACCAUACUGGUGCUCAUAUAGAAUACAUGUUGAAACCAUAUUGGUGCUCAUAUAGAAUACAGUGUUGAAACCAUACUGGUGUCAUAUAGAAUACAGUGUUAAACUAUAUUGGUGCUCAUAUAGAAUACAGUGUUUAAAACCAUAUUGUGCUCAUAUAGAAUACAGUGUUAAAACCAUACUGGUGUUCAUAUAGAAUACAGUGUUAAAACUAUAUUGGUGCUCAUAUAGAAUACAGUGUUGGAACCAUAUUGGUGCUCAUAUAGAAUACAGUGUUGAAACCAUACUGGUGCUCAUAUAGAAUACAGUGUUGAAACCAUACUGGUGCUCAUAUAGAAUACAGUGUUAAAACUAUAUUGGUGCUCAUAUAGAAUACAGUGUUAAAACCAUACUGGUGUUCAUAUAGAAUACAGUGUUAAAACCAUAUUGGUGCUCAUAUAGAAUACAGUGUUGAAACCAUACUGGUGCUCAUAUAGAAUACAGUGUUAAAACUAUAUUGGUGCUCAUAUAGAAUACAGUGUUAAAACCAUAUUGGUGCUCAUAUAGAAUACAGUGUUAAAACCAUACUGGUGUUCAUAUAGAAUACAGUGUUAAAACCAUAUUGGUGCUCAUAUAGAAUACAGUGUUAAAACCAUACUGGUGUUCAUAUAGAAUACAGUGUUGGAACCAUAUUGGUGCUCAUAUAGAAUACAGUGUUGGAACCAUAUUGGUGCUCAUAUAGAAUACAGUGUUGGAACCAUAUUGGUGCUCAUAUAGAAUACAGUGUUGGAACCAUAUUGGUGCUCAUAUAGAAUACAGUGUUGGAACCAUAUUGGUGCUCAUAUAGAAUACAGGGUUGGAACCAUAUUGGUGUUCAUAUAGAAUACAGUGGUUGGAACCAUAUUGGUGCUCAUAUAGAAUACAGGGUUGGAACCAUAUUGGUGCUCAUAUAGAAUACAGUGUUGGAACCAUAUUGGUGCUCAUAUAGAAUACAGUGUUGAAACCAUAUUGGUGCUCAUAUAGAAUACAGUGUUGGAACCAUAUUGGUGCUCAUAUAGAAUACAGUGUUGAAACCAUAUUGGUGCUCAUAUAGAAUACAGUGUUAAACCAUAUUGGUGCUCAUAUAGAUACAGUGUUAAAACCAUAUUGGUGCUCAUAUAGAAUACAGUGUUGGAACCAUAUGGUGCUCAUAUAGAAUACAGUUUUGGAACCAUAUUGGUGCUCAUAUAGAAUACAGUGUUGGAACCCAUAUUGGUGCUCAUAUAGAAUACAGUGUUGGAAACCAUAUUGGUGCUCAUAUAGAAUACAGUGUUGAAACAUAUUGGUGCUCAUAUAGAAUACAGUGUUGGAAACCAUAUUGGUGCUCAUAUAGAAUACAGUGUUGGAACCAUAUUGGUGCUCAUAUAGAAUACAGGGUUGGAACCAUAUUGGUGCUCAUAUAGAAUACAGUGUUAAAACCAUACUGGUGCUCAUAUAGAAUACAGUGUUGAAACCAUAUUGGUGCUCAUAUACAAUACAGGGUUGGAACCAUAUUGGUGCUCAUAUAGAAUACAGUGUUGGAACCAUAUUGGUGCUCAUAUAGAAUACAGUGUUAAAACCAUACUGGUGCUCAUAUAGAAUACAGGGUUGAAACCAUAUUGGUGCUCAUAUAGAAUACAGUGUUGGAACCAUAUUGGUGCUCAUAUAGAAUACAGUGUUGGAACCAUAUUGGUGCUCAUAUAGAAUACAGUGUUAAAACCAUAUUGGUGCUCAUAUAGAAUACAGGGUUGGAACCAUAUUGGUGCUCAUAUAGAAUACAGUGUUGAAACCAUAUUGGUGCUCAUAUAGAAUACAGUGUUGGAACCAUAUUGGUGCUCAUAUAGAAUACAGUGUUGGAACCAUAUUGGUGCUCAUAUAGAAUACAGGGUUGGAACCAUAUUGGUGCUCAUAUAGAAUACAGUGUUAAAACCAUACUGGUGCUCAUAUAGAAUACAGUGUUGAAACCAUAUUGGUGCUCAUAUAGAAUACAGGGUUGGAACCAUAUUGGUGCUCAUAUAGAAUACAGUGUUGGAACCAUAUUGGUGCUCAUAUAGAAUACAGUGUUAAAACCAUACUGGUGCUCAUAUAGAAUACAGGGUUGAAACCAUAUUGGUGCUCAUAUAGAAUACAGUGUUAAAACCAUAUUGGUGCUCAUAUAGAAUACAGGGUUGGAACCAUAUUGGUGCUCAUAUAGAAUACAGUGUUAAAACCAUAUUGGUGCUCAUAUAGAAUACAGUGUUAAAACCAUAUUGGUGCUCAUAUAGAAUACAGGGUUGGAACCAUAUUGGUGCUCAUAUAGAAUACAGUGUUGGAACCAUAUUGGUGCUCAUAUAGAAUACAGUGUUGGAACCAUAUUGGUGCUCAUAAUGAAUACAGUGUUAAAACCAUACUGGUGCUCAUAUAGAAUACAGGGUUGAAACCAUAUUGGUGCUCAUAUAGAAUACAGUGUUAAAACCAUAUUGGUGCUCAUAUAGAAUACAGGGUUGGAACCAUAUUGGUGCUCAUAUAGAAUACAGUGUUAAAACCAUAUUGGUGCUCAUAUAGAAUACAGUGUUAAAACCAUAUUGGUGCUCAUAUAGAAUACAGGGUUGGAACCAUAUUGGUGCUCAUAUAGAAUACAGUGUUGGAAACCAUAUUGGUGCUCAUAUAGAAUACAGUGUUGGAACCAUAUUGGUGCUCAUAUAGAAUACAGUGUUAAAACCAUAUUGGUGCUCAUAUAGAAUACAGGGUUGGAACCAUAUUGGUGCUCAUAUAGAAUACAGUGUUGGAACCAUAUUGGUGCUCAUAUAGAAUACAGUGUUGAAACCAUAUUGGUGCUCAUAUAGAAUACAGUGUUGAAACCAUAUUGGUGCUCAUAUAGAAUACAGUGUUUGAAAACCAUAUUGGUGCUCAAUAGAAUACAGUGUUAAAACCAUACUGGUGUUCAUAUAGAAUACAGUGUUAAAACCAUAUUGUGCUCAUAUAGAAUACAGUGUUUAAAACCAUACUGGUGUCAUAUAGAAUACAGUGUUAAAACCAUAUUGGUGCUCAUAUAGAAUACAGUGUUGGAACCAUAUUGGUGCUCAUAUAGAAUACAGUGUUGGAACCAUAUUGGUGCUCAUAUAGAAUACAUUGUUGAACCAUAUUGGUGCUCAUAUAGAAUACAGUGUUGGAACCAUAUUGGUGCUCAUAUAGAAUACAUUGUUGAAACCAUAUUGGUGCUCAUAUAGAAUACAGUGUAAAAACCAUAUUGGUGCUCAUAUAGAAUACAGUGUUGAAACCAUAUUGGUGCUCAUAUAGAAUACAGUGUAAAAACCAUAUUGGUGCUCAUAUAGAAUACAGUGUUAAAACCAUAUUGGUGCUCAUAUAGAAUACAGUGUUAAAACCAUAUUGGUGCUCAUAUAGAAUACAGUGUUGAAACCAUAUUGGUGCUCAUAUAGAAUACAGUGUAAAAACCAUAUUGGUGCUCAUAUAGAAUACUGUGUUAAAACCAUAUUGGUGCUCAUAUAGAAUACAGUGUUAAAACCAUAUUGGUGCUCAUAUAGAAUACAGUGUUGAAACCAUAUUGGUGCUCAUAUAGAAUACAGUGUUAAAACCAUAUUGGUGCUCAUAUAGAAUACAGUGUUAAAACCAUAUUGGUGCUCAUAGAAUACAGUGUUAAAACCAUAUUGGUGCUCAUAUAGAAUACAGUGUUAAAACCAUAUUGGUGCUCAUAUAGAAUACAGUGUUGGAACCAUAUUGGUGCUCAUAUAGAAUACAGUGUUGGAACCAUAUUGGUGCUCAUAUAGAAUACGGUGUUAAAACCAUAUUGGUGCUCAUAUAGAAUACAGUGUUGAAACCAUAUUGGUGCUCAUAUAGAAUACAGUGUUGAAACCAUAUUUGUGCUCAUAUAGAAUACAGUGUUGAAACCAUAUUGGUGCUCAUAUAGAAUACAGUGUUGGAACCAUAUUGGUGCUCAUAUAGAAUACUGUGUUGAAACCAUAUUGGUGCUCAUAUAGAAUACAGUGUUGGAACCAUAUUGGUGCUCAUAUAGAAUACAGUGUUGAAACCAUAUUGGUGCUCAUAUAGAAUACAGUGUUGGAACCAUAUUGGUGCUCAUAUAGAAUACAGUGUUGAAACCAUAUUGGUGCUCAUAGAAUACAGUGUUAAAACCAUAUUGGUGCUGAUAUAGAAUACAGUGUUGGAACCAUAUUGGUGCUCAUAUAGAAUACAGUGUUGAAACCAUAUUGGUGCUCAUAGAAUACAGUGUUGAAAACCAUAUUGGUGCUGAUAUAGAAUACAGUGUUAAAACCAUAUUGGUGCUGAUAUAGAAUACAGUGUUGGAACCAUAUUGGUGCUCAUAUAGAAUACAGUGUUAAAACCAUAUUGGUGCUCAGUGUUGAUUUAAAUGUUUCAACAUUCUCUUUUACACCCAUUUUUCUAGGAUUUUAGAAACAUGGUAGGACAAAUACUGGGCGAUCAUUUGUAAAAUAUUUUGGAUCCCCAGAUUUAUAGAGGGGGAUAACCUUUUCAAUUUUCAGAUCUUUAGGAAAAAUAUCAGUUUGCAUAGAUUUGGUGAAGAUGUACGUUAGAGGCUCAGUGAUUGAGGAAGACUCUGAUUUCACCAAAGAGGCCCCAAUCUCAUCAUAACCUGCUGCUGGUACCUUUAAUUUACCAAUGACCUCCAUCACCUCCAUCACCUCCAUCACAUCAGGAGGAUCAAACUGAAGCAGAGAAGGGAAAUGUCCCUUAAUGUAAUCCAAGUGAUUUACAUCAGUUUUCUCUAUUUUAUUUGACAGAGAGGAACCCACAGUCACAAAGAAGUUAUUAAAUUCACAUGAAAUAACAUCAGAAUCACUAUAGGUUUUAUUUCCAACAAUAAAUUGAGAUGGGAUAUUUGUAGAUGUUGUUUUCUUAUUCAACAGUUGAUUGAUGAUUUUUCAAGUUGACUUUAAAUUAUUUAAGUAUUCUUGGAAUUUGUUAGUUAAAUAUAUUUUUGGGAUAUCUGAAGUAAUUUGUUCUUGGUGCUCAUAUAUUCAGGGGAGAGGGAUUUGUGAGAAACCUCCAAAUCAAAUCAAGUUGUAUUUUUCACAUACGCCGAAUACAACAGGUGUAGACCUUACAAUGACUUACAUGCCCUUAACCAACAAUGCAGUUUUAAGAAAGAAUACCAAAAAAAUCACAAAGAAAUACAAUAUCAAAUAAUACGAAAUAAAAGUAACAAAUAAUUAAAGAGCAGCAGUAAAAUAACAGUAGGGAGGCUAUAUACAGGGGGUACCGGGACAGAGUCAAUGGGAAAUAACAGUAGGGAGGCUAUAUACAGGGGGUACCGGUACAGAGUCAAUGGGAAAUAACAGUAGGGAGGCUAUAUACAGGGGGUACCGGUACAGAGUCAAUGGGAAAUAACAGUAGGGGAGGCUAUAUACAGGGGGUACCGGUACAGAGUCAAUGGGAAAUAACAGUAGGGAGGCUAUAACAGGGGGUACCGGUACAGAGUCAAUGGGAAAUAAACAGUAGGGAGGCUAUAUACAGGGGUACCGGUACAGAGUCAAUGUGAAAUAACAGUAGGGAGGCUAUAUACAGGGGGUACCGGUACAGAGUCAAUGGGAAAUAACAGUAGGGAGGCUAUAUACAGGGGGUACCGGUACAGAGUCAAUGGGAAAUAACAGUAGGGAGGCUAUAUACAGGGGGUACCGGUACAGAGUGAAUGGGAAAUAACAGUAGGGAGGCUAUAUACAGGGGGUACCGGUACAGAGUCAAUGGGAAAUAACAGUAGGGAGGCUAUAUACAGGGGGUACCGGUACAGAGUCAAUGGGAAAUAACAGUAGGGAGGCUAUAUACAGGGGGGUACCGGGACAGAGGCUAUGUGAAAUAACAGUAGGGAGGCUAUAUACAGGGGGUACCGGUACAGAGUCAAUGGGAAAUAACAGUAGGGAGGCUAUAUACAGGGGGGUACCGGUACAGAGUCAAUGGGAAAUAACAGUAGGGAGGCUAUAUACAGGGGGUACCGGUACAGAGUCAAUGGGAAAUAACAGUAGGGAGGCUAUAUACAGGGGGUACCGGUACAGAGUCAAUGGGAAAUAACAGUAGGGAGGCUAUAUACAGGGGGUACCGGUACAGAGUCCAUGGGAAAUAACAGUAGGGAGGCUAUAUACAGGGGGUACCGGUACAGAGUCAAUGGGAAAUAACAGUAGGGAGGGCUAUAUUACAGGGGGGUACCGGUACAGAGUCCUGGGAAAUAACAGUGGGAGGCUAUAUACAGGGGGUACCGAGUACAGAGUCAAUGGGAAAUAACAGUAGGGAGGCUAUAUUACAGGGGGUACCGGUACAGAGUCCAAUGGGAAAUAACAGUAGGGAGGCUAUAUACAGGGGGUACCGGUACAGAGUCAAUGGGAAAUAACAGUUAGGGAGGCUAUAUACAGGGGUACCGGUACAGAGUCAAUGGGAAAUAACAGUAGGGAGGCUAUAUACAGGGGGUACCGGUACAGAGUCAAUGGGAAAUAACAGUAGGGAGGCCAUAUACAGGGAUACCGGUACAGAGUCAAUGGGAAAUAACAGUAGGGAGGCUAUAUACAGGGGGUACCGGUACAGAGUCAAUGGGAAAUAACAGUAGGGAGGCUAUAUACAGGGGGUACCGGUACCGAGGCAAUGUGCGGGGGCACCGGUUAGUCGAGGUAAUUGGGGUAGUAUGUACAGUUGAAGUGGGAAGUUUACAUACACCUUAGCCAAUUACAUUUAAACUCAGUUUUUCACAGUUCAUGACAUUUAAUCCUCGUAAACAUUCCCUGUCUUAGGUCAGUUAGGAUCACCACUUUAUUUUAAGAAUGUGAAAUGUCAGAAUGAUAGUAGAGAGAAUGAUUUAUUUCAGCUUUUAUUUCUUUCAUCACAUUCCCAGUGGGUCAGAAGUUUAAAUACACUCAAUUAGUAUUUGGUAGCUGAGUAACUGAGUCAGGUUUGUAGGCCUCCUUGCUCGCACACGCUUUUUCAGUUCUGCUCACACAUUUUCUAUAGGAUUGAGGUCAGGGCUUUGUGAUGGCCACUCCAAUACUUUGACUUUGUUGUCCUUAAGCCAUUUUGCCACAACUUUGGAAUUAUGCUUGGGGUCAUUGUCCAUUUGGAAGACCCACUUGCGACCAAGCUUUAACUUCCUGACUGAUGUCUUGAGAUGUUGCUUCAAUAUAUCCAUAUAAUUUUCCUUCCUCAUGAUGCCAUCUAUUUUGUGAAGUGCACCAGUCCCUCCUGCAGCAAAGCACCCCCACAGCAUGAUGCUGCCACCCCUGUGCUUCACGGUUGGGAUGGAGUUCUUCGACUUGCAAGCAACCCCCUUUUUCCUCCAAACAUAACAUUUUACAUUUGAGUCAUUUAGCAGACGCUCUUAUCCAGAGCGACUUCCAUAACAAUGGUCAUUAUGGCCAAACAGUUAUAUUUUUAUUUCAUCAGACCAGAGGACAUUUCUCCAAAAAGUACGAUCUUUGUCCCCAUGUACAGUUGCAGACCGUAGUCUGGCUUUUUAAUGGCGGUUUUGGAGCAGUGUCUUCUUCCUUGCUGAGCGGCCUUUCAGGUUAUGUCGAUAUAGGACUCGUUUUACUGUGGAUAUUGUCACGCUCGUCGGGAACAGAGGAGGAUCAAGGCGCAGCGUGGAAUGCGAACAUUUUAUUAUUAUAAAGUAUCACACGAACAAAACAACAAAACGAAAACGUGACGUCCCUGGUUACAUACACAAACCAACACGGAACAAGAAACCACACCAAAUGAAUGCCUAACGGUUACUUAAGUAUGGCUCCCAAUCAGAGACAACGAGCUACAGCCAUCUCUGAUUGGGAGCCACCCUGGCCAACAUAGAAAUACAACAACUAGAACAAACACAAAUGAAAACUCACACCCUGGCUCAACAUACUAGAGUCCCCAGAGCCAGGGCGUGACAGUACCCCCCCCUAAAGGCGCGGACUCCGACCGCGCCAACCAAAUACCACAGGGGAGGGACCGGGUGGGCACUCCGCCUAGGCGGCGGAUCCAGCUCCGGGCCUGAUCCCCGCUCCCUCUCCAACCCCCCAAAGUAUCCCUGGUCCGGUCUGGCCCCGCUGGCCGGAGCUGGACUGCACACUGGUGGAGCGGAUUGCUCUAGCUCCGGCGUGAAGCAUCUGAACAGGCACGGGACGUGCCGGACUGAUGACGCACACCACUGGCUUGGUGUGGGGAACAGGCACGGGCCGUGCCGGGCUGACGACGCACACCACUGGCUUGGUGUGGGGAGCAGGAGCGGGCCGGACCGGGCUGGCGAUGCGCACCAUUGGCUUGGUGCGGGGAGCAGGAACGGGCCGGACCGGACUGGUAACACACCCCAGUACCUCUCGCCGUGCCUCUACACCUUCCAUCCCCUCUUCGACCAGUGGCCCCCGUAACCUGGCGGCCUCCUCUGCCAACCCGCUGGGCCGCUCUGUUGCGGUCUCCUGCUGGCCCGUCGUCCACGGCGUUAGCCCCCCCCUAAAAAUGUUCUGGGCAUCUCUCCUACCCGUGGACCAGGUCUCCAUGUCCCUCGCCAGCCUUUCGCCCUUCUGCUUCCAAGUCCGGCCCUUCUCUUCCUCACCCGGCUUGACCCAGUCGAGGAGGCGAAUGAGAUCUGCUAGAGAUCUCCCUGGCGAUGGCUCCUGGACACGCUGCUUGGUCCAGUCUUGGUGGUUUCUUCUGUCACGCUCGUCGGGAACAGAGGAGGACCAAGGCGCAGCGUGGAAUGCGAACAUUUUAUUAUUAUAAAGUAUCACACGAACAAAACAACAAAACGAAAAUGUGACGUCCCUGGUUACAUACACAAACCAACACGGAACAAGAAACCACACCAAAUGAAUGCCUAACGGUUACUUAAGUAUGGCUCCCAAUCAGAGACAACGAGCUACAGCCAUCUCUGAUUGGGAGCCACCCUGGCCAACAUAGAAAUACAACAACUAGAACAAACACAAAUGAAAACUCACACCCUCAACAUACUAGAGUCCCCAGAGCCAGGGCGUGACAGAUAUAGAUACUUUUGUACCUUUUUCCUCCAGCAUCUUCAGAAGGUCCUUUGCUGUUGCUCUGGGAUUGAUUUGCACUCUUCGCACCAAAGUACGUUCACCUCUAGGAGACAGAACGCGUCUCCUUCCUGAGCGGUAUGAUGGCUGCAUGGUCCCAUGGUGUUUAUACUUGCGUGCUAUUGUUUGUACAGAUGAACGUGGUACCUUCAGGCGUUUGGAAAUUGCUCCCAAGGAUGAACCAGACUUGUGGAGGUCUACAAUUUUUUUUCUGAGGUCUUGGCAGAUUUAUUUUGAUUUUCCCAUGAUGUCAAGCAAAGAGGCACUGAGUUUGAAGGUAGGCCUUGAAAUACAUCCACAGGUACACCUCCAAUUGACUCAAAUGAUGUCAAUUAUCCUAUCAGAAGCUUCUAAAGCCAUGACAUCAUUUUCUGAAAUGUUCCAAUCUGUUUAAAGGCACAGUCAACUUAGUGUAUGUAAACUUCUGACCCAUUGGAAUUGUGAUACAGUGAAUUAUAAGUGAAAUAAUCUGUCUGUAAACAAUUGUUGGAAAAAUUACUUGUGUCAUGCACAAAGUAGAUGUCCUAACCGACUUGCCAAAACUAUAGUUUAUUAAUAAGAAAUUUGUGGAGUGGUUGAAAAACGAGUUUUAAUGAAUCCAACCUAAGUGUAAACUUCCGACUUCAACAAUAAAAAGAAGUGAUGCAGUCAGUCUCUCCUCAACUCUUAGCCAAGAGAGACUGGCAUGCAUAGUAUUUAUAUCAGCCCUCUGAUUACAAUGAAGAGCAAGACGUGCCGCUCUGUUCUGGGCCAGCUGCAACUUAACUAGGUAUUUUCUUGCAGCACUCGACCACACAACUGGACAAUAAUCAAGAUAAGACAAAACUAGAGCCUGCAGGACUUGCUUUUUGGAGUGUGGUGUCAAAAAAGCAGUGCACCUCUUUAUUACGGACAGACCUCUCCCCAUCUUUACAACCAUUGUAUCUAUAUGUUUUGACCAUGAUAGUUUACAAUCUAAGGUAACGUCAAGUAAUUUAGUCUCCUCAACUUGUUCAACAGCCACACCAUUCAUUACCAGAUUCAGCUGAGGUCUAGAAGUUAGGGAAUGAUUUGUACCAAGUACAAUGCUCUUAGUUUUAGAUGUGUUCAGGACCAGUUUAUUACUGGCCACAAAUUCCAAAACAGACUGCAACUCUUUGUUAAGUGUUUCAGUGACUUCAUUAGCUGUGGUUGCUGAUGCGUAUAUGGUUGAAUCAUCAGCAUACAUGGACACACAUGCUUUGUUUAAUGCCGGUGGCAAUACAUUGGUAAAAAUAGAAAAGAGUAGAGGGCCUAGAGAGCUGCCCUGUGGUACACCACACUUUACAUGUUUGACAUUAGAGAAGCUUCCAUUAAAGAAAACUCUUUUGAGUUCUAUUAGAUAGCUCUGAAUCCACAAUAUGGCAGAGGUUGAAAAGCCAUAACACAUACGUUUUCUCAACCACAGGUUAUGGUCAAUAAUAUCAAAGGCUGCACUGAAAUCUAAGAGUACAGCUCCCACAGUCUUUUUAUUAUCAAUUUCUUUCAACCAAUCAUCAGUCAUUUGUGUCAGUGCAGUACAUGUUGAGUGCCCUUCUCUGUAAUCAUGCUCAAAGUCUGUUGUUAAUUGUAACUCGUUUCAGGAAACUAGGCAUAUGUCUUGUGUCACUACUUCACAGGAGCACCAUUUGAAUGUAAACCUUUUUUUAAAUCAAAAUGCGUUUUUGGCAGAAAUGCCUUCUGGAACGUGUGAACUUUCAUGUGCCUUAAUAACAAACUUGUAUGCCAUCUGUAAAUACGAAUACAAUUGUUAAAUUACGAGCCUAGUUGGUUUAGCCACGGAAAAAGACAGUAACCUUCCCGCUAGCCAUGAUUGGCUGAGAUAAUGAGUGGGCUGGACAUGCCGAGAGAUGAGUUCAGAUUGGUCUACCAUGUAGCUCGCUUCUGUCUAUAAUAUGAGCUGGUCAGUACAGUGAGGGAAAAAAGUAUUUGAUCCCCUGCUGAUUUGGUAGAGCAUGGCGCUUGUAACGCCAGGGUAGUGGGUUCGAUCCCCGGGACCCCCCAUACGUAAAAAUGUAUGCACACAUGAAUGUAAGUCGCUUUGGAUAAAAGCGUCUGCUAAAUGGCUUAUUAUUAUAUUAUUUUGUACGUUUUCCCACUGACAAAGAAAUGAUCAGUAUAUAAUGUUAAUGGUAGGUUUAUUUGAACAGUGAGAGACAGAAUAACAAACAAAAAAUCCAGAAGAACGCAUGUCAAAAAAUUUAUAAAUUGGCAGAUGUGUUGUUGCCUACCCUUACCACCUGGGGGCGGCCCAUCAGGAAGUCCAGGAUCCAGUUGCAGAGGGAGGUGUUUAGUCCAAGGGUCCUUAGCUUAGUGAUGAGCUUUGAGGGCACUAUGGUGUUGAACGCUGCGCUGUGGGCAAUAAACAGCAUUCUCACAUAGGUGUUCCUUUUGUCCAGGUGGGAAAGGGCAGUGUGGAGUGCAAUAGAGAUUGCAUCAUCUGUGGAUCUGUUGGGGCGGUAUGCGAAUUGGAGUGGGUCUAAGGUUUCUGGGAUAAUGGUGUUGAUGUGAGCCAUGACCAGCCUUUCAAAGCACUUCAUGGCUACAGACGAUAACAAUAAUACAUGUUCCACCUCUCCCACACUAACUUUACAAAAUGCAAACUUGCAAUGCUUUUCUUUCGUUAUUAGUUUUUUUUAUAGAUGAGUACGACGGCUCACUGUUCGUUGUUGGAAUUGAAAAAUGUCUGUUGUUGUCUGUUGAUGUGUCUGUAGCCAUGAGUUUGAACAGUGUCUGUUGUUGUGUCUGUAGCCAUGAGUUUGAACAGUGUCUGUUGUUGUGUCUGUAGCCAUGAGUUUGCCAGGGGCCUAGUGGAGGUCCAGGAAGAAGUGAAGGAGGAGGGGGUGGGGCAUGUUGCCAUGAGGAACCUGUUCUCCCGGGAAGCCAGCUCCAUGGAGACAGUUACCGUGGAGAAGAAGAGCAGGAAGAGGCACAUUAGAGAGUCAGCUGACCGCCUGGAGCUCAGCAAGAAGGUCAGUACUAUUAUUUGAUCGAUUGACUGAUUGAUUUAUUGAUUGGAGCUACAGAAGAAGGCUCUCCUGGACAUCACAUUACUUGUGGUCUUUUGUCAGUGUUAUGAGGGCGGUCUUAGAUAAGUUAACCCUUUCCUGUCCAUAUCCCUGCUGUCUGUCCCCUGUAGGUUGAGGAGAGAGCAGAGUUCCGUAAGAAGCAGAACAGUGACAGCCUGACCCAUCCUCCUGAGUUCAUAGUUCGUCCCCGAGGACAGACUGUCUGGGAGGGCAAGACUGUCAAGCUGCACUGCACCGUGACUGGAUGGCCUAAACCACGCAUUGCAUGGUGAGACACACACACACACACACACCCUCUCCUGCUGCUUUUUAUACCCCGCCCGCUCCCACUGACUUCUUGUCCGACUUCCACACUCUCCCGCAAGAACUGGUCCCGAACACGACCGCAGUCCUGCAAUGUUGUUUUAGGCUUAUGUGACACAGCUCACUUUGCGGCCCCAGUCCCAGAUAUUUUGCCAACCUAGUCAAGAUCAAAAUUUACAGAAAUAUCCUAAGAAAUAGAUUAAAAUACCAGCGAUUCUCACGUGGCCCAUUAUAUUAGGCUAUCGGUAUUAUUGGGCUAUAUAUCAGCCAAUAGGGUAGGGCUGACCCCAUUUAGUCAACUAAUGGAUUGGUCGAAAGAACAGAUGACUCUCGGGUCGACCAAUGUUUUUUUUAGUAGGGGACAGCCCUACAAUAGGGUAUUAUUGGGCUAUAUAUAUCAGCCAAUAGGGUAUUAUUGGGCUAUAUAUAUCAGCCAAUAGGGUAUUAUUGGGCUAUAUAUAUCAGCCAAUAGGGUAUUAUUGGGCUAUAUAUAUCAGCCAAUAGGGUAUUAUUGGGCUAUAUAUAUCAGCCAAUAGGGUAUUAUUGGGCUAUAUAUAUCAGCCAAUAGGGUAUUAUUGGGCUAUAUAUAUCAGCCAAUAGGGUAUUAUUGGGCUAUAUAUAUCAGCCAAUAGGGUAUUAUUGGGCUAUAUAUAUCAGCCAAUAGGGUAUUAUUGGGCUAUAUAUAUCAGCCAAUAGGGUAUUAUUGGGCUAUAUAUAUCAGCCAAUAGGGUAUUAUUGGGCUAUAUAUAUCAGCCAAUAGGGUAUUAUUGGGCUAUAUAUAUCAGCCAAUAGGGUAUUAUUGGGCUAUAUAUAUCAGCCAAUAGGGUAGCCCCUAUAAUAAUGAAUUGUAUUUUGUAAAGCGGUUUCUUGCAUCAUAAAACACAAUACAUUGCAAUUUACAGUCAGCUAUUUGGCCCAUGGUGUUACAGACCACGUAAAAAAAGUCCUUCAUAAUGUAAAAACGUUUUUAAAAGUAGGCCUGCAUUGAACACCACAUAUACUGUACUGUAGGCUAUAUCAUAUAGGACCCUGAACAGCUUCUUCUCCCAUAAGACUGCUAAACAAGACUGAUAAAUAGCUACUCAAAUGGCUACCCACUGCUGCUACUGUCUAUUAUCUACCCUGUUGCCUAGUCACUUUACCCCUACCUACAGUAUACUGCUGCUACUGUCUAUUAUCUACCCUGUUGCCUAGUCACUUCACCCCUACCUACAGUAUACUGCUGCUACUGUCUAUUAUCUAUCCUGUUGUCUAGUCACUUUACCCCUACCUAUAUGUACAUAGCUACCUCAACUACCUCAACUACCUCGUACCCCUUCACAUUGACUCUGGUACUGGUACUCCUUAUAUAUAGCCAUGUUGUUAUUCAUGACACAUAACAGGAUGGUGCCGACAGACAUGGUGGCCCUGUUUCUAGCUCCUAGCCCACAAUAUCUGCUCAGAACGUUUCUUACAUUAUUACUUACAGCCGAAAAUAACUUUGGGAUAUAUUCGACCGGCAGUCCAGCUUUUUGACCAGAAAUUAGACUUUCCUGAAUUGGAUCCUUUGUUUGAACUUCCCGAGGCAAUUCCAUUCAUCCCAGGGGAAGAGGAAUAAGGAGUGGACUUUUAGUUCGACUCAGUCAGGGUCAGGCGGAGGGCAAACCAUCCACCGCUUCCCAGUAUAUUACUCGCUAAUGUUCAGUCCCUGGACAAUAAAGUAGACGAGUUUAGGGUGAGGAUCUCCUUCCAGAGAGACAUCACGAAAUGUAACAUACUCUGUUUCAUGGAAUCAUGGCUCUCUCCGGAUGUACUGUCCCCGUCCAUACAGCCAGCGGGUUUCUCCGUCCAUUGUGCGUACAGGAAUAAAAAACUCUCAGGGAAAAAGAAAGGUGGAGGUGUUUUAUGAUGAACUCGGUGUGAUUGUGGUAACGUACAGGAACUCAAGUCCUUUUGUUCUCCCCAUCUGGAAUAUGUAGUGAUCACAAUAUAGUAACCAUAUCUAGAAAAACCAAAGUUUCAAAGGCUGGGCCUAAUAUAGUGUAUAAGAGGUUAGUUUUGUAGUAAUUCUUAUGUUGAUGUAAAGAAUAUUUGUUGGUCCGUGGUGUGUAAUGAGGAGCAAACAGACGUUGCACUUGACACAUUUAUGAAAUUGCUUAUUCCAGUUACAAAUAAACAUGCACCCAUUCAGAAAAUAAAAAAACGGUUAAAUCCCUGUGGAUGUAAGAAAUCCCCUCUCAAUGAUGCGCUUGUCUAGGCCCUGCAAUCGCAACUGUGCCACUCAAGACCUGGUUCGAUCCAGGCUCUGUCGCAGCCGCCGCGACCGGAAUCAUGUCACAUACCAGCGUGCCAGUGAGGAGGGAUAUGCCGGCAGGAUGUACUCACACCAGCUGGCUGCAACGCGGGUUUGUCGAUCCACGGGGCAGUAUAAAAAAAAAAAUAUAUUCUAACUGUAAGUCCUCUGGUAAGACUUUGCUAAAUGACGGUAAAUUAACUACAAACCACAACGGCAAUCGCAACAUACUAAGAUUAUGCACUGAACAGCUCUGCCGUCGGAUGUGCAGGCUUGCAAACUUGUACUGACCCGACGAUCUGCCAGGACCGAGUACCAAUGCUAAUCGCUAUGAGGCAAAAAACUCUGAAGCAUGCAUGAGAGCACUAGCUGUUCUGGAUGACUGUGUGAUCACGCUCUCCGUAGCUGAUGUGAGCAAGACCUUUAAACAGGUCAACAUUCACAAGGCUGCAGGGCCAAACGGAUUACCAGGACGUGUACAGUCGUGGUCAAAAGUUUUGAGAAUGACACAAAUAUUAAUUUUCACAAAGUCUGCUGCCUCAGUUUUUAUGAUGCCAAUUUGCAUAUACUUCAGAAUGUUAUGAAGAGUGAUCAGAUAAAUUACAAUUAAUUGCAAAGUCCCUCUUUGCCAUGAAAAAUGAACUUAAUCCCAGAAAAACAUUUCCACUGCAUUUCAGCCCUGCCACAAAAGGACCAGCUGCCAUCAUGUCAGUGAUUCUCUCGUUAACACAAGUGAGUGUUGACGAGGACAAGGCUGGAGAUCACUCUGUCAUGCUGAUUGAGUUAGAAUAACAGACUGGAAGCUUUUAAAGGAGGGUGGUGCUUGAAAUCAUUGUUCUUCCUCUGUUAACCAUGGUUACCUGCAAGGAAACACGUGCCGUCAUCAUUGCUUUGCACAAAAAGGGCUUCACAGGCAAGGAUAUUGCUGCUAGUAAGAUUGCACCUAAAUCAACCAUUUAUCGGAUCAUCAAGAACUUCAAGGAGAGAGGUUCAAUUGUUGUGAAGAAGGCUUCAGGGUGCCCAAGAAAGUCCAGCAAGCGCCAGGACCGUCUCCUAAAGUUUAUUCAGCUGCGGGAUCGGGGCACCACCAGUGCAGAGCAGCAGGCAGGUGUGAGUGCAUCUGCACGCACAGUGAGACAAAGACUUUUGGAGGAUGGCCUGGUGUCAAGAAGGGCAGUGAGGAAGCCACUUCUCUCCAGGAAAAACAUCAGGGACAGACUGAUAUUCUGCAAAAGGUACAGGGAUUGGACAGCUGAGGACUGGGGUAAAGUCAUUUUCUCUGAUGAAUCUCCUUUCCGAUUGUUUGGGGCAUCCGGAAAACACCUUGUUCCGAGAAGACAAGGUGAGCGCUACCAUCAGUCCUGUGUCAUGCCAACAGUAAAGCAUCCUGAGACCAUUCAUGUGUGGGGUUGCUUCUCAGCCAAGGGAGUGGGCUCACUCACAAUUUUAGCAGAGAACACAGCUAUGAAUAAAGAAUGGUACCAACAUAUCCUCUGAGAGCAACUUCUCCCAACCAUCCAAGAACAGUUUGGUGACGAACAAUGCCUUUUCCAGCAUGAUGGAGCACCUUGCCAUAAGGCAAAAGUGAUAACUAAGUGGCUCGGGGAACAAAACAUCGACAUUUUGGGUCCAUGGCCAGAAAAUCCCCAGACCUUAAUCCCAUUGAGAACUUGUGGUCAAUCCUCAAGAGGCGGGUGGACAAACAAAAACCCAUAAAUUCUGACAAACUCCAAGCAUUGAUUAUGCAAGAAAGGGCUGCCAUCAGUCAGGAUGUGGCCCAGAAGUUAAUUGACAGCAUGCCAGUGCGGAUUGCAGAGGUCUUGAAAAAGAAGGGUCAACACUGCAAAUAUUGACUCUUUGCAUAAACUUCAUGUAAUUGUCAAUAAAAGCCUUUGACACUUAUGGAAUUUACAUUUACAUUUAUGUCAUUUAGCAGAUGCUCUUAUCCAGAGCGACUUACAAAUUGCUUGUAAUUAUACUUCAGUAUACCAUAGUAACAUCUGACAAAAAUAUCUAAAAACACUGAAGCAGCAAACUUUGUGCAGACCAAUACUUGUCAUUCUCAAAACUUUUGACCACGACUGUACUCAGAGCAUGCGCAGACCAACUGGCAAGUGUCUUCACUGACAUUUUCAACCUCUCCCUGACCGAGUCUGUAAUAACUACAUGUUUCAAGCAGACCACCAUAGUCCCUGUGCCCAAGAAAGCGAAGGUAACCUGCCUAAAUGACUACCGACCCAUAGCACUCACGUCCAUAAGUGUCAGAGGAAGGCCCUCAAAAUUGUCAAAGACUCCAGCCACCCUAGUCAUAGACUGUUCUCUCUGCUACCGCCCUAGACCCACUCCAAUUUGCAUACCGCCCCAACAGAUCCACAGAUGAUGCAAUCUCUAUUGCACUCCACACUGCCCUUUCCCACAUGGACAAAAGGAACACCUACUGUAUGUGAGAAUGCUGUUCAUUGACUACAGCUCAGAGUUCAACCCCAUAGUGCACUCAAAGCUCAUCACUAAGCUAAGGAUCCUGGGACUAAACACCUCCCUCUGCAACUGGAUCCUGGACUUCCUGACGGGCCGCCCCCAGGUGGUAAGGGUAAGUAACAACACAUCUGCCACACUGAUCCUCAACACGGGGGCCCCUCAGGGGUGCGUGCUCUGUCCCCUCCUGUACUAUUCACCCACGACUGCGUGGCCAGGCAUGACUCCAACACCACCUUUAAGUUUGAUCACCGACAAUGAUGAGCCAGCCUAUAGGAAGGAGGUCAAAGACCGGGCCGUGUGGUGCCAGGACAACAACCUCUCCCUCAACGUGAACAAGACAAAGGAGCUGAUCGUGAACUACAGGAAAAGGAGGGCCAAACACACCCCCAUUCACAUCGACGGGGCUGUAGUCGAGCGGGUCGAGAGUUUCAAGUUUCUUGGUGUCCACAUCACCAACAAACUAUCAUGUUCCAAACACACCAAGACAGUCGUGAAAAGGGCACGACUAUGCCUUUUCCCCCUCAGGAGACUGAAAACAUUUGGCAUGGGUCCCCAGAUCAUCAAAAAGUUCUACAGCUGCACCAUCGAGAGCAUCCUGACCGGUUGCAUCACCACCUGGUAUCACCGCUAUUUACAUUGACCCCCCCCCCCCCCCCCCCCCCCACAGCUGCUACUCGUUGUUUAUUAUCUAUGCAUAGUCACUUUACCCCUACCUACAUGUACAAAUUACCUCGACUGACUAACCUGUACCCCAGCACAUUGACUCGGUACCGGUACCCCCUGUAUAUAGUCUCGUUAUUGUUACUUUUUAUUUUUUAUUAUUUAAUUUAGUAAAUAUUUUCUUAACUCUUAAAAUUGCAUUGUUGGUUAAGGGCUUGUCAGUAAGCAUUUCACGGUAAGAUCUACACCUGUUCUAUUCGGCGCAUGUGACAAAUAACAUUUAAUCUGAUUUGGAUUGAUGAGGAAUUGAAAAAUGGUAUGGUUGAUGAGGCGAAAGGAAUGGCAAAUAAGUCUGGCUGCACAACCGAUUGGCAAACGUACUGCAAAUUGAGAAAUAAUGUGACUAAACUGAAUAAAAAUAAGAAGAAACAAAAAUAAAUAAAUUACAUAAAGAUGAUGAUGAUGAUAAAUAGUAAAAAGCUUUGGAAAUUUGGGAAAAAAGGCAAACUCAGCUCCAUCAUUCAUUGAAUCAGAUGGCUCAUUCAUCACAAAACCAACUGAUAUUGCCAACUACUUCAAUUAUUUUUUCAUUGGCAAGAUUAGCAAGCUUAAGCAUGACAUGCCAGCAACAAACGCUGACACUACACAUCCAAGUAUAUCUGACCAAAUUAUGAAUGACAAGAAUUGUAAUUUUGAAUUCCGUAAAGUGAGUGUGGAAGAGGUGAAAUAAUGAUUGUCUAUCAACAAUGACAAGCCACCAGGAUCUGACAACUUGGAUGGAAAAUUACUGAGGAUAAUAGCGGACGAUAUUGCCACUCCUAUUGGCCAUAUCUUCAAAUUAAGCCUCCUAGAAAGUGUUUGCCCUCAGGCCUGGAAGGAUUGCAAAAGUCAUUCCUCUACCUAAGAAUAGUAAAGCCCCCUUUACUGGCUCAAAUAGCCGAGCAAUCAGCAUGUUACCAACCCUUAAUAAAGUUUUGGAAAAAAUUGUUUGACCAGAUAAAAUGCUAUUUUACAGCAAACUGUUAGGUUGGGUGGGGGACUCAGGUGCAGAGACGGACACACGGACAAAGAGAGUAAAAUUAGGAUGUAGUUUAUUCAACGUGUAUAGGCAGAGGUAGGUAGUCAGGGUGGAAUAGCUUCAGGCUGGGGUAGGAGCUGAGUGGAGUGGAGAGCCAGUAGUCCUGAGAGCUGGAUAACGAGGAUAUCAGGCAACAGAGGAGCAGGUAGCGGCGUGGGAAUGGCAGGCAGGCAGGCAGGCAAGCAGGCAGCAGGAACAGACGAGAUCUGGUCGAAGGAGAGACAGGUUACAAAACGUGGCAGGAACAACAAUAAUACUGAGAGAGUACAACUACACUGAGAGUGCUGUACGGGCCAAGUUACCACUGGAAGUGUAGGAACGAACUGGCGCUGGAGAGGUGUCCAGCCCGGGUAGAUAUCUGCUGCUUGAUUGGUGCCAAUGAGCUGCAGCUUGAUGCAACUGAUCUGAUGAUAGAAAGGCCACGCCCGCUGACCUAGAACCUCUGACUGCACAGCAGGGGGAGACAGACACAAACAACACACACAGGGGAGAAAAGGGAAAGGAACACCAACAGGAACAGGACCAACAGAGCCGGACCGUAACACAAACAAAUUGACAACAGACUUUCAGCACGCUUAUAGGGAAGGACAUUCAAUAAUCACAGCACUUACACAAAUGACUGAUGAUUGGCUGAGAGAAAUCGAUGAUAAAAAGGCUGUUUUGUUAGACUUCUGUGCGGCUUUUGACAUUAUCGAUCAUAAUCUGCUACUGGAAAAACGUAUGUGUUAUGGCUUUACAUCCCCUGCUAUAUUGUGGAUAGAGUUACCUGUUUAGCAGAACACAGAGAGCGUUUUUUAAUGAAAGCCUCUCCAACAUAAUCCAGGUAGAAUCAGGAAUUCCCCAGGGCAGCUGUCUAGGCCCCUUACUUUUUAAAAUCUUUAUUAAUGACAUGCUACUGGCUUUGAGUAAAGCCAGAGUGUCUAUUUCUGUCUAUGUAAAACAAGGUUGUCCACUAUCGGCAUACAGUGGGGGAAAAAAGUAUUUAGUCAGCCACCAAUUGUUAAUAACAGAACACAGAGGGUAUUAUUUAAUGGAAGCCUCUCCAACAUAAUCCAGGUAGAUUUAGGAAUUCCCCAGGGCAGAUGUCUAGGCCCCUUACCCUUUUCAAUCUUUACUAACGACAUGCCACUGGCUUUGCGUAAAGCCAGGGUGUCUAUGUAUGCGGUUGACUCAAAACUAUACACGUCAGCUACUACAGUGACUUAAAUGACUGUAACACUUAACAUUGAGCUGCAGUUAGUUUAAGAAUGGGUGGCAAGGAAUAAGUUAGUCCUAAAUAUUUCAAAAACUAAAAGCAUUGUAUUUGGGACAAAUCGUUCACUAAACCCUAAACCUCAAAGAAUUCUUAUAAUAAAUAAUGUGGAAAUUGAGCAUGUUGAGGUGACUAAACUGUUUGGAGUAACCCUGGAUUGUAAACUGUCAUGGUCAAAACAUAUUAAUACAACAGUAGCUAAGAUGGGGAGAAGUUUAUCCAUAAUAAAGCGCUGCUCUACCUUCUAAACAGCACUACAGACACACAGACAGGUCCUACAGGCCCUAGUUUUGUCGCACCUGGACUACUGUUCAGUCGUGUGGUCAGGUGCCACAAAGACGGACUUAGGAAAAUUGCAAUUGGCUCAGAACAGGGCAGCACGUCUGGCCCUUGGAUGUACACAGAGAGCAAACAUUAAUAAUAUGCAUGUCAAUCUCUCCUGGCUCAAAGUGGAGGAGAGAUGGACUUCAUCACUACUUGUAUUUGUGAGAGGUAUUGACAUGUUGGUGUUGGAGUCGUGCCUGGCCAUACAUUCAUGAGUGAACAGGUAGUACAGGAGGGGACUGAGGAUCAGCAUGGUGGAUGUGUUGUUACCUACCCUUACCACCUGGGGAUGGACGUCAGGAAGUCCAGGAUCCAGUUGCAGAUGGAGGUGUUUAGUCCCAGGGUCCUAAGCUUGGUGAUGAGCUUUGAGGGCACUAUGGUGUUGAACGCUGAGCUUUAGUCAAUGAAUAGCAUUCUCACAUAGUUGUUCCUUUUGUCCAGGUGGGAAAGGGCAGUGUGGAGUGCAAUAGAGAGUGCAUCAUCUGUGGAUCUGUUGGGGCGAUAUGUAAAUUGGAGUGGGUCUAGGGUUUCUGGGAUAAUGGUGUUGAUUUGAGCAAUGACCAGCCAUUCAAAGCACUUCAUGGCUACAGACGUGAGUGCUACGGGUCUGUAGUAAUUUAGGCAGGUUACCUUAGUGUUCUUGGGCACAGGGACUAUGGUGGUCUGCUUGAAACAUGUUGGUAUUACAGACUCAGGCAGGGAGAGGUUGAAAAUGUCAGUGAAGACACUUGCCAGUUGGUCAGCGCAUGCUCGGAGUACACGUCCUGGUAAUCCGUCUGGCCCUGCGGCCUUGUGAAUGUUGACCUAUUUAAAGGUCUUACUCACAUCGGCUACGGAGAGCGUGAUCACCUAGUCGUCCGGAACAGCUGAUGCUCUCAUGCAUGCUUCAGUGUUGCUUGCCUCGAAGCGAGCAUAGAAGUAUUUUAGCUCGUCUGGUAGGCUUGUGUCACUGGGCAGCUCGCGGCUGUGCUUCCCUUUGUAGUCUGUAAUAGUUUGCAAGCCCUUGCACAUCCCUCGGAACCGGUGUAGUACGAUUCGAUCUUAGUCCUGUCCUUGAAAGCGGCAGGUCCAAUCUUUAGCUCAGUGCGGAUGUUGCCUAUAAUCCAUGGCUUCUGGUUGGGAUAUGUAUGUACAGUCACUGUUGUGAUGACAUCAUCGAUGCGCUUAUUGAUGAAGCCAGUGACUGAUGUGGUGUACUCCUCAAUGCCAUCGGAAGAAUCUCGGAAUAGUCCUGUAGCUUAGCAUCUACUUCAUCUGACCACUUUUCUAUUGACCGAGUCACUGGUGCUUCCUGCUUUAGUUUUUGCUUGUAAGCAGGAAUCAGGAGGAUAGAAUUAUGGUCAGAUUUGCCAAAUGGAGGGCGAGGGAGAGCUUUGUACGCGUCUCUGUGUGUGGAGUAAAGGUGGUCUAGAGUUUUCUUCCCUUUGGUUGCACAUUUAACAUGCUGGUAGAAAUGAUGUAAAACGGAUUUAAGUUUCCCUGCAUCAAAGUCCCUGGCCACUAGGAGCGCUGCCUUUGGAUGAGCAUUUUCCUGUUUGCUUAUGGCCGAAUACAGCUCAUUGAGUGCAGUCUUAGUGCCAGCAUCGGUUUGUGGUGGUAAAUAGACAGCUAUGAAGAAUAUAGAUGAGAACUCUCUUGGUAGUUAGUGUGGUCUACAGCUUAUCAUGAGCUACUCUACGUCAAGUGAGCAAAACCUUGAGACUUCCUUAGAUAUCGUGCACCAGCUGUUGUUUACAAAUAUACAUAGACCGCCACUCCUUGUCUUACCAGAGGCUGCUGUUCUGUCCUGCCGAUACAGUGUAUAACCCGCCAUCUGUAUGUUAUUCAUGUCGUCGUUCAGCCACGACUCGGUGAAACAUAAGAUUUUACAGUUUUUAAUGUCCCGUUAGUAGGAUAUACAGUUGAAGUCGGAAGUUUACAUACACUUAGGUUGGAGUCAUUAAAACUCGUUUUUCAACCACUCCACAAAUUUCUUGUUAACAAACUAUAGUUUUGGCAAGUCGGUUAGGACAUCUACUUUGUGCAUGACACAAGUAAUUUUUCCAACAAUUGUUUACAGACAGAUUAUUUAAUUUAUAAUUCACUGUAUCAAAAUUCCAGUGGGUCAGAAGUUUACAUACACUAAGUUGACUGUGCCUUUAAACAGCUUGGAAAAUUCCAGAAAAUUAUGUAAUUUUUUUUUUUUAUUUCAUCAUUUGAGUCAAUUGGAGGUGUACCUGUGGAUGUAUUUCAAGGCCUACCUUCAAACUCAGUGCCUCUUUGCUUGAUAAUGUGGGAAAAUCAAAAGAAAUCAGCCAAGACCUCAUAAAAAAAUGGUAGACCUCCACAAGUCUGGUUCAUCCUUGGGAGCAAUAUCCAAACACCUGAAGGUACCACGUUUAUCUGUACAAACAAUAGUACACAAGUAUAAACACCAUGGGACCACGCAGCCGUCAUACCGUUCAGGAAGGAGACGCGUUCUGUCUCCUAGAGAUGAAUGUACUUUGGUGCGAAACGUGCAAAUCAAUCCCAGAACAACAGCAAAGGACCUUGUGAAGAUGCUGGAGGAAACAGGUACAAAAGUAUCUAUAUCCACAGUAAAACGAGUCCUAUAUCGACAUAACCUGAAAGGCCGCUCAGCAAAGAAGAAGCCACUGCUCCAAAACCGUCAUAAAAAAGUCAGACUAUGGUUUGCAACUACACAUGGGGACAAAGAUCGUACUUUUUGGAGAAAUGUCCUCUGGUCUGAUGAAACAAAAAUAGAACUGUUUGGCCAUAAUGACCAUUGUUAUGUUUGGAGGAAAAAGGCGGUUGCUUGCAAGCCAAAGAACACCAUCCCAACCGUGAAGCACGGGGGUGGCAGCAUCAUACUGUGGGGGUGCUUUGCUGCAGGAGGGACUGGUGCACUUCACAAAAUAGAUGGCAUCAUGAGGAAGGAAAAUUAUGUGGCUAUAUUGAAGCAACAUCUCAAGACAUCAGUCAGGAAGUUAAAGCUUGGUCGCAAAUGAGUCUUCCAAAUGGACAAUGACCCCAAGCAUAAUUCCAAAGUUGUGGCAAAAUGGCUUAAGGACAACAAAGUCAAGGUAUUGGAGUGGCCAUCACAAAGCCCUAAUCUCAAUCCUAUAGAAAAUGUGUGGGCAGAACUGAAAAAGCGUGUGCAAGCAAGGAGGCCUACAAACCUGACUCAGUUACACCAGCUCUGUCAGGAGGAAUGGGCCAAAAUUCACCCAACUUAUUGUGGGAAGCUUGUGGAAGGCUACCCGACAUGUUUGACAUAAGUUAAACAAUUUAAAUGCAAUGCUACCAAAUACUAAUUGAGUGUAUGUAAACUUCUGACCCACUGGGAAUGUGAUGAAAGGAAUAAAAGCUGAAAUAAAUCAUUCUCUCUACUAUUAUUCUGACAUUUCACAUUCUUAAAAUAAAGUGGUGAUCCUAACUGACCUAAGACAGGGAUUUUUUACUAGGAUUAAAUGUCAGGAAUUGUGAAAAACUGAGUUUAAAUGUAUUUGGCUAAGGUGUAUGAAAACUUCCGCCUUCAACUGUACAUGCUUUUAGUUCAUCCACUUUAUUAUCCAGAGAUUGUACGUUGGCCAAUAGUACCGAUGGCAAAGCAGGUUAGCCACUCGGCGCCGGCUUCUUAUCAGGCACCCCGAUCUCCUUCCGCGAUAUCUCCGUCUCUUUCUCCUGCGAAUGACUGGGAUUAGGGCCCUGUCGGUUGUCUGGAGCAAAUCCCUCUCGUCCGACUCAUUAGAGAAAAAUUAUUUGUCCAGUUCAAGGUGAGUAAUCUCUGUUUUGAUGUCCAGAAGCUCUUUUCGGUCAUAUGAGACGGUAGCAGCAACAUUAUGUACAAAAUAAGUUACAAACAAUGCGAAAAAACAAACAAAAUAUCACGGUUGGUUUAAGAGUCCAUAAAACGGCAGCCAUCCCCUCUGCUGCUAUUACACAAUAAAUCCAUAAUAAAUGCAAAAUACUAAAUACCUCACCAUCAAAUGCAGACAGCAUUACCUCCCAUUGUCACGCCUGUGUAUAUUUCCCCCCCAAGCCGACACCACGACGGCUCUCAAGGAACUACAUUGGACUUUGUGCGAACUGGAAACCAUAUAUCCUGAGUAGGGCUCUGGCGGUCACGAAAUUUCGUCAAGGUUGUCAAGCAAAUAACUGCCGGUCUCACGGUAAUUGACCGUCAAUUAACAUAAACAAAUUUAGCAUCUCCUGGCUUCCUACAAGCCGCUGAUGCAGACCUUUGGAACAUCGAAUCCAAGAUGGCGUAGUAGUGCAGUCCUGAUGCAGACCUUUGGAACAUCGAAUCCAAGAUGGCGUAGUAGUGCAGUCCUGAUGCAGACCUUUGGAACAUCGAAUCCAAGAUGGCGUAGUAGUGCAGUCCUGAUGCAGACCUUUGGAACAUCUACAUUUGAAAAAGUCUAAUAAAUCCAGGUAAUAUACUGUAGUCUACAACUUUACAAUAAAUCCAUUAUUUAUUUUAGACAGGUCUAAAGAAACUUGAUAUGAAGAAAAUGUAGUCUGUUUCAGAAGAACAGAAUAACAUACUUAGUUGUCCUUAUGUUAGGUCCUGAUCUGGCUAUGCCAUAUGGCUGUAGGCUACACUAGUUCAUUUAGCAGACAAGAUUUGCUUAGAAUUCCGUGGCAUUAUUUUGUGGUAUUUUAUUGAAUAUCAAAUACAAGAACAUGUUUCAGUAUAAUACAGUACGCUAAAAAACAAGAUGUAGAUUCAUCAAUAAUGGCUGUUGAUGCCAAAAAGGCUUUCCACCAUCUUUAGUGGCGUUUUCUAUUCAACAUUUUGGAAGGAUUAAACUUUCCAGCUGAAAUAAUACAUUUCAUGAAAAUAUUAUAUAAACAUCCUUAAGUAAAAACGCAGUACAGUAUACACAAAUAAUACUGUACAUUAUUUGCUGAAAUUGCUUUAGAAAGGGGCACAAGACAGGGGUGUCCUCUCGCCCCCCUCCUGUUUGCACUGGCAAUUGAACCGCUUGCAGAAAGAAUUAGACAGGACCCAAACGUAACAGGUAUCAGUAUUGGUAAUAUAAACUAAACUUUAUUGCCGACGAUCUCCUGAUAUACCUGACUAAUAUUGAAAACUCAAUACCCCCCUUAAAAUUUACUUAGAUAAAAAAAAAAAAUGUUAAUAAUAAAAAUAAAAAUGAUAACUCAUGAUCUACAGCAAUCCUUGAAGUGGACCACAAAAUAUAUACCAUUCUGGCUACAGACAGAAACAACAUAACACAAUUUGAAGUCAUAUGGGAUAGAGUCUGGGAUGCAAUGGAGUCAAUGUGGGCCAGCAUCCCUGUGGAACGCUUUCAACACCUUCUAUUGUCCAUGCCGCAAUGAAUUGAGGCUGCUCUGAGGGCAAAAUGGGGUGCAACUCAAUAUUACGAAGGUAUUCCUAAUGUUUUGUACACUCAGUGUAUAAUACGUCAAGCAGUUCUCUUCAAGAGUCAAGCCUCUCUAGCACAGAGAUCUUCUCCUUUUCUGUUCUUCUGAAAACAAUGUCUUCUCUCACUCCCUCCAUCAGGUAUAAGAACAAUGUGAUUAUAGAUGAGAAGGCCAAUCCUGACAAGUACGCAGCAGAGAGCAACUACAACAUGCACUCUCUGGAGAUCAAGAGGUAGGUAGCUAUAGUAACCCUGACAACACUCUCUGUAGAUCAAGAGGUAGGUAGCUAUAGUAACCUGACAACACUCUCUGAAGAUCAAGAGGUAGGUAGCUAUAGUAACCCUCACAACACUCUCUGGAGAUCAAGAAGUAGGUAGCUAUAGUAACCCUGACAACACUCUCUGGAGAUCAAGAGGUAGGUAGCUAUAGUAACCCUGACAACACUCUCUGUAGAUCAGGAGGUAGGUAGCUAUAGUAACCUGACAACACUCUCUGAAGAUCAGGAGGUAGGUAGCUAUAGUAACCUGACAACACUUUAUGUAGAUCAGGAGGUAGGUAGCUAUAGUAACCUGACAACACUCUCUGUAGAUCAAGAGGUAGGUAGCUAUAGUAACCCUGACAACACUCUCUGGAGAUCAGGAGGUAGGUAGCUAUAGUAACCCUGACAACACUCUCUGUAGAUCAAGAGGUAGGUAGCUAUAGUAACCCUGACAACACUCUCUGUAGAUCAGGAGGUAGGUAGCUAUAGUAACCUGACAACACUCUCUGUAGAUCAAGAGGUAGGUAGCUAUAGUAACCUGACAACACUCUCUGGAGAUCAAGAGGUAGGUAGCUAUAGUAACCCUGACAACACUCUCUGGAGAUCAGGAGGUAGGUAGCUGUAGUAGCUAUAGUAACCGUAACCCUGUAAGGUAUAUCAGACAGGGCUGUGUUGUGGUUGUUGUGGUGGUUUUGUAAUGUCUGUGUUCUGCUUGUAGCUGUGACUUCCUGGACACGGCUCAGUACCAUGUGUCUGCUCUCAACAUAAAGGGAGAGAGCUCCUCCGUUGCCACCGUGGUCAUCAAGAGUAUGUUCUCCUCCUCUCAUAUCCUGUUUUUACAUCUCUUCUGUAUCUCUAAAUCUUUGUUUAUAUUGAGCUCAACUUCCUGAAUCAAAUAUGUGUUAUUCAUAUUAAUUUGCAUAGCAUUUAAAUCUCCACCAGGGUUCCAGGAGGGAGAUAAAGUGGGACCUCUUGAUGCUAAACCACGUGAGUCUAAAUCUGGCUCCUGUCGUCAACCCUAACCCUAACCCUAACCCUAACCCUAACCCUAACCCUAAACCACGUGAGUCUAAAUCUGGCUCCUGUCUGUCUCUAUAUCCUGUAGAGGUGUCAACCCUAACCCUAAACCAUGUGAGUCUAGUCUGAAAUCUGGCUCCUGUCUGUCUCUCUAUAUGCUGUAGAGGUAUCAUGGUAUAGUUCAGUAUGACUGUUGUCUUAGUUCUGUAGAGCACUCUGUUGUUCGUCAUCUGUCUGUCUGUCUCUCUUUCAGAUGGGUUCUGCUCGGAGCACGGCGUGACCUUUGAGACAGCCAUCAUAGACUCGUUUGAGGUGGCGUUCGGCCGGGAGGGAGAGACUCUGAGUCUGGGCUGCACCGUCAUCGUCUACCCAACCGUUAAACGCUACCAGCCUGAUGUCCUCUGGUACAGAGAUGGUGGGUAGCAACACAAACACAGGGCCCUAACCUACUUCAUUUAUAUACAAUUAAACAACUUUAAAUUCUAUUUGGAGAACAGCAAAAACAAGCAAAAAUGACUCCAGCCAUUAUCACCUUGGCUGCUGUAGGUCCAUUCACCUCAGUCACACAUAGCCUAUUAGUUAUACAAUUCUAAUGUUAUUCCCCUGAAAGAUCCUGUGGAGAUGUUCAUAUUGAAACACACAGUGGUUGUAUUUUAAUGUCGGCCUAUAGGGAAGAUAGAUCCUGUGGAGAUGUUCAUAUUGAAACAUACACUGGUUGUAUUUUAAUGUAGGCCUAUAGGGAAGAUAGGUCCUGUGGAGAUGUUCAUAUUGAAACAUACAGUGGUUGUAUUUUAAUGUAGGCCUAUGGGGAAGAUAGGUCCUGUGGAGAUGUUCAUAUUGAAACAUCGUCACAGGACCUAUCUUCCCUAUAGGUUACAUUAAAAUUCAAUUAACAUGCAAACAAUACAGUUCUAAAAAUGUUAUAUGUUUUCGUUUCUUCACUGAUGCUACGUGUCGGUGUGAAUCAUUUCUAAUUUUUCCCCCUCUUUCAGGGGUAUAACAUUAGAAUGGUAUUUUAAUGUCGGUCUAUAGGGAAGAUAGGCCUGUGGAGAUGUUCAUAUUGAAACAUAUGUUAUUUUUUGAAGUUUGUAACUUGUUUGAUAAGAUUAGUACAGAUUUUCUCAGGGGACACAUGGGGCCACAACCCCAAGUUUUGGAACCACUGUACUAACCUCUCUCUCUCCUCUGCUUCCUCCUGCAUGCAUUGCAUUCUGCCUCAGCUUUACCACUGAGCACCACAUCACUGUUUCAGUAGCCUACUCUCUGUAAAGCAAAGUUAUGAGAACUUAGUAGCCUAUUUUUUGCUGCUGUUGAGGUAGGCUCUGUUUAAUGUUAGCUUCUUACGUCAUUCUUCUAGCUGGCUUAGUAAUGCUAGCCAGAGCCUUCAACGUUACUGCGAUAGACGUCUCUGCCGGCAGCUAGCCACCUGACUGACUGACAUAUCUAUAAGCAAUUAUUUACCAGUUGUUCACUCAUUCUCCGAGAGUCGGUUUUCGUUUGCUUGGGGGAUAUCUGUAGACACGAUAGAAGUCGCGGGCGGUUUUAAAAUAACCUUUUGUCCGACAUCUCGCAAAACACACUGUCAGUAGCGUCUCUAUUGCCUACUUGAGCCGACCACGAGCUGGGGUAUUUCCUUUCACGUCUCAGGCCCUCAGCCUGUGCCACGAGAGGGCGGAGUUAACCAUUUGAGAGAGAGGUGAAUGUGCUGCUAAAAGGCAAAUCAGGAGGCAAAUAAUGGUGACAUAAUGAACAAACCUGUUCGUGAUUCCACUCGUUCACAAAGAGGCAGGCUCAAUGAGUACUCAGUCAAAUCAAGUAUAUAAGCGUUCUGAGCUUUGAUCAACGCUGGUAGGAAUAUUUAGUUGUUGACCCGUAAUUGAUUUUCUUUAUUGUGUACAAAAUAUAUAUUUGUAUUACUUUAUAUAUUUUUCAAAUGUGACCGACCGCUUUGAUUUGGUCUUAUGUAGCAACAUUUUGAAAUUGUGUUUUUUACAUUGGAUAAAAGUACCGACUCAGAGCUAGAAAAUGGUAUAUCAUACACCGCAGUUGAAGAACAAGGGAAAGUAAUUCUGCUUUGAAAGUUGAUAAACUUGUAACCUCACUUUUGAGAAAAUGGCCCUUAAAUGUUUUGGUACACCUACUGGAGAGCUCUUCUUUGUCUACACCCAUUCAGUAUCGUUCACACCCUCUUAAGCUUUAGCCCCACCCAUCUCUUUAAGGACUCAUGUGAGGUCAUGUGCUGAACAGAGUGAGAAGAGUAGUAAACAACCAAAUAUUUAAAAAGUGAUAAAAGUAGUCGCCUACAAUAAGGAACAAUUCCAGGUAAAAAUACACUUCAUCUAGUCCUUGGCCUAUAUCCUAAUCUGACUUUGGUGCAGGUCAUGUUGUUCCUCACAUUACCUUCUCUGGUAAAACAAACAAUAUAUCAAAUAAAAUCUAUGUUUAUUUGUCACUUUCACAGGAUACAGAAGGUGUAAACGGUACAGUGAAAUGGUUACUUGGCCAUAAUCACCCCCAGACACACCUGGCUAACUUGAUGGGUCAUGUAAUCAUCUGGCGAAGUGGAGUCUUUUGUUUAGACAUGUAGCUAGCUAGCUAGCUAAACAAUGAACCGGCAUAAUCCCAACUCAUUCUACUACCAAUACAAACAUUGUCAUAGCUGUACAUUUACAUUUACAUUUUAGUCAUUUAGCAGACGCUCUUAUCCAGAGCGACUUACAGGAGCAAUUAGGGUUAAGUGCCUUGCUCAAGGGCACAUUUACGUCAUUUAGCAGACGCUCUUAACCAGAGCGACUACAAAUUGGUGCAUUCACCCUAUAGCCAGUGGGAUAACCACUUUACAAUUAUACUUAUUUAUUUAUUUAUUUUUAUUUAUUUAUUUUUUUUUGGGGGGGGGGGAAGGGUAGAAGGAUUACUUUAUCCUAUCCCAGGUGUUCCUUAAAGAGGUGGGGUUUCAAAUGUCUCCGGAAGGUGGUGAGUGACUCCGCUGUCCUGGCGUCGUGAGGGAGCUUGUUCCACCAUUGGGGUGCCAGAGCAGCGAACAGUUUUGACUGGGCUGAGCGGGAACUAUGCUUCCGCAGAGGAAGGGAAGCCAGCAGGCCAGAGGUGGAUGAACGCAAUGCCCUCGUUUGGGUGUAGGGACUGAUCAGAGCCUGAAGGUACGGAGGUGCCGUUCCCCUCACUGCUCCAUAGGCAAGCACCAUGGUCUUGUAACGGAUGCGAGCUUCAACUGGAAGCCAGUGGAGUGUGCGGAGGAGGGGGGGUGACGUGAGAGAACUUGGGAAGGUUGAACACCAGACGGGCUGCGGCAUUCUGGAUGAGUUGUAGGGGUUUAAUGGCACAGGCAGGGAGCCCAGCCAACAGCGAGUUGCAGUAAUCCAGACGGAAGAUGACAAGUGCCUGGAUUAGGACCUGUGCCGCUUCCUGUGUAAGGCAGGGUCGUACUCUCCGAAUGUUGUAGAGCAUGAACCUGCAGGAUCGGGUCACCGCCUUGAUGUUAGCGGAGAACGACAGGGUGUUGUCCAGGGUCACGCCAAGGCUCUUCGCGCUCUGGGAGGAGGACACAACGGAGUUGUCAACCGUGAUGGCGAGAUCAUGGAACGGGCAGUCCUUCCCCGGGAGGAAGAGCAGCUCCGUCUUGCCAGGGUUCAGCUUGAGGUGGUGAUCCGUCAUCCAUGCUGAUAUGUUGGCCAGACAUGCAGAGAUGCGAUUCGCCACCUGGUUAUCAGAAGGGGGAAAGGAGAAGAUUAGUUGUGUAUCGUCAGCGUAGCAAUGAUAGGAGAGGCCAUGUGAGGAUAUGACAGAGCCAAGUGACUUGGUGUAUAGCGAGAAUAGGAGAGGGCCUAGAACUGAGCCCUGGGGGACACCAGUGGUGAGAGCACGUGGUGCGGAGACAGCUUCUCGCCACGCCACUUGGUAGGAGCGACCGGUCAGGUAGGACGCAAUCCAGGAGUGAGCCGCGCCGGAGAUGCCCAGCUCGGAGAGGGUGGAGAGGAGGAUCUGAUGGUUCACUGUAUCAAAGGCAGCAGACAGGUCUAGAAGGACAAGAGCAGAGGAGAGAAAGUUAGCUUUAGCAGUGCGGAGAGCCUCCGUGACACAGAGAAGAGCAGUCUCAGUUGAAUGACCAGUUCUGAAACCUGACUGGUUUGGAUCAAGAAGGUCAUUCUGAGAGAGAUAGCAAGAGAGUUGGCUAAAGACGGCACGCUCAAUAGUUUUGGAAAGGAAAGAAAGAAGGGAUACUGGUCUGUAGUUGUUGACAUCAGUGGGAUCGAGUGUUGGUUUUUUGAGAAGGGGUGCAACUCUCGCUCUCUUGAAGACGGAAGGGACAUGGCCAGCGGUCAAGGAUGAGUUGAUGAGCGAGGUGAGGUAGGGGAGAAGGUCACCGGAGAUGGUCUGGAGAAGAGAGGAGGGGAUGGGGUCAAGCGGGCAGGUUGUUGGGCGGCCUGCAGUCACUAGUCGCAAGAUUUUAUCUGGAGAGAGAGGGGAGAAAGAAGUCAAAGCAUAGGGUAGGGCAGUGUGAGCAUUAGACUUAACAACAGUGUCAUUAGACUUAACAAACGAGGAUCGGAUGUCGUCAACCUUCUUUUCAAAGUGGUUGACGAAGUCAUCCACAGAGAGGGAGGAGGGGGGGGGGGGGGGGGGGGGGGGGGGGCGUUCAGCAGUGAGGAGAAUGUGGCAAAGAGCUUCCUAGGGUUAGUACUGGGCUAUAACUAGCAAUGCAAAUGGUUUUUUCUGAUUGGAAUAAUAUUACUAUACAGAUCAUUUUACAUUUACGUCAUUUAGCAGACGCUCUUAUCCAGAGUGACUUACAAAUUGGUGCAUUGACCUUAUAGCCAGUGUUUUUUUGUUUUUUGGGGGGGGUAGAAGGAUUACUUAGAUCAUACAUGUAAUGUUAGCUAGCGAGCCAGCAAGCUAACAUUCACUAGCUAACUCAGUAUGCUUUAACUUACAAUGAAAACAACUUUCUGACAAAAUUUAAACAGUAUCAUAUCUAAAAAUGUAGCUAGACUCUUACCCGUAUAUAUGGAUGAACGCUUACACGGCAGACUGGACCCAUUUAACUCUGUUUUGUUUGUAGCUACAUCUUGUUUGGCGUUGUGUCAAGUCACUCCGGUUCACACUGACCAUGGCGUGUGCAGAAAGUAGCCCAUCCCUUUUUCCAACUGAUCUGUUGAUAGCGCUUGCUAAAUUCAGGGUAUCAAUGUUGUUGAGAAAAGUAGCAAAACUUUUGUAGAUCCCGAUGGCUAACGUUAUAUCUUUCAAAAAUGGCGCGGUAGAAAGGACUAUCAACAAAUACUGAGCAGCUCACGUUAUCGAGAGAAGCAUGCUACAUGGCAGACCAAUCCAAACUCAUCUCCCGGGAUGUCCAGCCCAUCCAUUAUCUCAGCCAAUCAUGGCUAGCGGGAAGGUUCCUGUAAUUUAACAAUUUUAUUUGUGUUUAGGGAUGGAAUACAAGUUUGUUAUUAAGACACAUGAAAGUUCACGUUCCAGAAGGCAUUUAUGCCCAAAAACGCAUUUUGAUAAAAAAUUAAUGUUUAUGUUCAAAUGCCUCUCCUGUGAAGUAGUGACAUACGCCUAGAUUCCUGAAACGAGUCAAAAAUUAGAACAAAAUACAGAGGUAGGACGCGCAUGCACACACACACACACACACACACACACACACACACACACACACACACACACACACACACACACACACACACACACACACACACACACAGAGAGUUGCUGUGCUGAGCUGUUCUUGGACCUACAGCACCCAAAGACCUUUCACACUGUCCUGUGCUUUAUCUUUGUGAAGUAAUGAGUCCAUCUGUCUGAUGUGUGUGUUCUCCCCAGGCAAGGCCCUGUCAGAGUCUAAGUGGGUCCACAGCCACUGGAGUGGAGAGAAAGCCACACUGACACUGGUCCAUCUUAACAAGGAGGAUGAAGGACUCUACACCCUGAGAGUUAACACCAAGUCUGGCUUCCAGACCCACUCCGCUUACAUCUUCGUCAGA